GGGGCUCGGGAAUGCCGCGGCGCUGGUGGAGGCGCCGGGUGUGGAGCGAGCGGCGGGCUGAGCUCGCGCGCAUCCUGGGCGCCGCUCCGUUUCGACGAUGCGCCCGGCGCUGCGCGCGCUCGGGCUCCUCCAGCUGCUCCAGCACCUGGAUCUCGCCAGCGGCCAGACGGGUAAGUGGCCGAGGCGGCAGAGGGACUGGGAGUCGGGCUGGGAAACUCCUGCCGGUGGGACGCCGUCCGCGUAGGACUUGGCAGAAGGGGCAAGGAGUUGGGAGAGGCGGCGAUGGGAAGCCAAGCCAACAUUGUAAAUGCUAAGUGAAGCGACGCCUGUUGCCGACACAAGAAAGGGCGAUCCAUAAGACCGAUAAGCGCACAGUCUUGUAAUCGGGGGGCACUUUUAGGCUGCUUCGCUGCUUUCGGGCGGACUGCAAUCUUACAUGGCAAAUUCCGGUUGCACAAUUGCAUCCUGAUGGGGAGAUCUUGCGCAACAAACCCGCUUCUCGAAAACAUCCGAUUUUGUUUUGUUUUUGUGCCUGAGCGGGGAUAAGGAAAGUGGCUGCUGGGAAGCCUGGGACGCCCUUGCAGUGAUGCAACCUCGUCUAACCUCCCUGUAGUAGAUGGAUGCUCAUUUCAUAGAAUCAUAGAACUGUGUAGAGUUGGAAGGGACCCCGAGGGUCAUCUAGUCCAACCCCCUGCAAUGCAGAAAUGUCGACUGAAGCAUCCAUGAAAACCUCCAAGGAAGGAGGGAUUUCAAUACACAACCAACAUCCUCCAAUCUCCCUGCAAUGGAAUCAGGGCGAAUGCUCACUAAACAGGCUCCCUGGAAGCAACCGGAGAUGGAGAUCCUGUGGCCAGGAUGACAGCUCUCAUCACCCCUGACCAUUGGCUACUCUGUCUGGGGCUGAACAUCAAGGGCCACAGUUUGUCCCUAUCCUCCUCCUCCCCCCUGCCGAGUUCUCCAAGGGCAACGCUGAAACUAAGGUGGAAGAAGUUGAGAGCCAGUGCCUUCGCCCCGCUAGGACCGGGUGCAAGGGAAGAGGUAGGGGCAGACUGAGGCUGGUGGAGCACUGCCCCCCUUUGUCCAAAUGAGUCUCUGUGGGCUAAUUGUUAGAAUAAACUUCCUCAUGGUAGGGCUUAGUGCUUUGCAAAGUGGUAGGCACUCCUUCACCGGAGGGGCUUUUUAAGCAGAAUCUGGACGGCCGUUUCUCAGGGGUGCCCUUGUUGUAUCCUGUGUUGCAAUUCUUGUCCAGAGCAAGGAACUGAACCAGACAAACUCAGAAACCUCUCCCAACUCAGCUGAGUUUCAGACCCAUUGAAAUGAAUGAACAGGACUAAGUUAGGUCCAUUCGUUUCAACAGAUCCCCACUCAGUUGUGUACUGCCCUAUGUUUCUUUGGCAGACCUGGUUCGGUGGCAGUAGGUUUCACCCGUGGGUGGGGUGGGGUGAGCCAGAAAUUGUAGACCAAUCAUUUUUGCAGGUGGGAGUCCUAAUGACAAUAUCACAAGUGUGUGAGCCGCUUUCUAGGUUCUGUUGGUCAAAGUGUGCAUUUAAAAAGACUCUUUUCUAUUCUUCCAUAGAUAAAGGAAUAAGAAUGGGAUAGGAUUUAGCGUGGCAUCUUCGCCCCUCGUGUCCCUUUUUACUGAUUGCCAGAGCGCCUUUCCAGAAGUUGCAUUGGCAAGCUUUGCCAGGGAAACAUGGGGCAAAGCAUCUUCACCCCGCAUGUCCCUUUCACAAAGAUAGGUUGGCUGGCGAUGGGUGGGUGUGGGAUGGCAGACAAAGUUGGGUUGGCUAUGCACACGUAGCAUUCCCCCCCCCCCCGCAAUGCUGGGUACAACUCGGCGCUGCUGGAGCCUGCCCAUCCUAUUGGGGAAAUGUGCAACACAGGUCUGGAGCCAUGACUAUGGGGCGAUAAUUUCCCAGGCGGGCCUUUGCCAACCUGGGGACCUCCAGAUGCUUUGGACUACAACUCCCAUCAGCCCUAGCCAGCACUCACUUCCAUCAGCUGAUGGUGGUUGUAGUCCAAAACAUCUGCGGGGACUCGGCUUGGCGAAGUUGUUGGCCUAGGCUCUCAUUCCAGAUGGCAGCACUAAGAGGAUCUGUGGAGCUUAGGGUUAAACAGCUGGGCAAAUCUUAGAGGCUUCUGCUUGCAGUCCCUGCUUUCUUAUUCCUGUUCCCUUCAGAGCUUGUAAGCUCAUUUGCAGAGCUGCACAGCUCAGUGAAUGAUACUCAGCUGCAAUCCCACACAACGAACUAGGGGUGGGGAACCUAUGGCCCUCAAAUCCUGCUGGACUAUGGCUGCAUGCACACCAUUCAUUGACAGCACAUUCCCUCUCCCAAGAAGCCUGGGAGCUGUAGUUUAGCCUUCAGAGAGCUACAAUGCCCAACAGCCUUAAUAAAACUACAUUUCCCAGGAUCCUUUUUUUCGGUGUGGUGGGGUGAAGUGUGCUUCAUGUGUAUCAUGUAUAGACAACCUAUGUCUCCCAUCAUCCCUGAUAACUGUUUGUAGCUGAUGGAAAUUGCAACAAGUUACGCGGAGCCAUGGAUUCUCCUGCCCCUGCUAUGCACACUUACCUGGCAAGCAGCGCAGAUACCUAUACCUGGAAAAUGUUGACUCCUGAGUCUUGGGCAGCAGAUUGGCAUAGAUGGGGAAGCCCGGCCCCUUCUCUAGCUGGUCUUUUGGACCCAUUCUAGGCCACCCACCCUGUUCACACUCGUCAUGAGUGUUUUCAUCUGGCAGGAGCAUGUCUUAGAACUCUGAUAAUGUCUCUUGGUUGCCUGGAAGGAGGAGAGAGAGAGAGAGAGAGAGAGAGAGAGAAGGGGGUGAGCAUGUGUCGUAGAAACCAGCUUACCAUACAAAGAUAAAAUUCACAUCCAUUGCUGUCAUAGAUUGGUUGGAUGCAGAGGAACAAUAUUUAUUUAUUUAUUUAUUUAUUUGGGAUGCGGGUGGCGCUGUGGGUUAAACCACAGAAGGUCGGCAGUAUGAAUCCCCUUGACAGGGUGAGCUCCCGUUGCUCUGUCCCAGCUCCUGCCCACCUAGCAGUUUGAAAGCAUAUCGAAGUGCAAGUAGAUAAAUAGGUACCACUCUGGUGGGAAGGUAAACGGCGUUUCCGUGUGCUGCUCUGGUUCGACAGAAGCGGCUUAGUCAUGCUGGCCACAUGACCCGGAAGCUGUCUGCGGACAAAUGCCGGCUCCCUCGGCCUAUAGAGCAAGAUGAACCCCAGAGUCGGCCACGACUGGACCUAAUGGUCAGGGGUCCCUUUACCUUUUUAUACACCACUAUUUGACUGUAAAAGAAACCUCAAAGCGGUUUACAAAGAGGUGGGUGCUGGUGGGUGGAUAAAAUCAUAGGUGGAAGAAAAAAAACAGUUCAAAACGACGAGUUGAUUAUUCUGAAAGACUUUAAAGCAGCAAUAAACUUUGAACGAAGCAAUCUCCGCAAGAUGGUUUGCAGCUCCUGUUGAAAGUUUUCAGGCUGAAUUUCAGCUGUCUGGAAAUCUUCUGUUCAAUAAAGUCUGACAUGUUUGUGCUUCACAAGUUGAAGCUUUGCAGUCUACAGUCAGAAGUAAGCACCACUGAGUUUAAGGGAAGCAGAGGAAACGGCAUAGUACUACAGCCAGUCAUGCUGAUCCUAAUACAGUGGUGCCCCGCAAGACGAAUGCCUCGCAAGACGGAAAACUCGCUAGACAAAAGGGUUUUCCGUUUUUUUAGCUGCUACACAAGACGAAUUUCCCUAUGGGCUUGCUUCGCAAGACGAAAAACGAAAAUGUCUUGCAAGUUUGUUUCCUUUUUCUUAACACCGUUAAUACAGUUGCGACUUGACUUCGAGGAGCGGUGUGGUAGCCUUUUUUGAGUUUUUUGAAGACUUUGGUGAUUUUUGAAGCUUUUCCAAAACUUCUUUUAAGCUUUUAAAACUUUUUUGGGGGUUUUUGGAUUUUGGGUUGGGGUGUUUGGAAUUCAAGGACUUGGUGUUGGGGAGGGGUUUGCAAGAAUCUGGAAGCUUGUGGUUUUUUUCUGCAUUUUUAUGAUUUUCUGUGACCAUUGGGCCACUCUGCUGUUUUUUUUAAAAAAAUCUGGAUUUGAAUUUCUGUGUGGUGGGUGGCUGGGGGAACAGUUGAGGAGGGGGUUCCUCAGCAAGAAGCAAAGAGUGGAAGAGGAACCUUCUUCGAGUUGUCCCCCAGAGUCUUAGAAAAUGUACAGUACUGUACACUUUGUUGAUUUUUAAAUGUUUUUCUGUCAUGUUUAGAAACUUAAUUUAUUGUUCCUUCAAUUUUUGAAAUGCUCUUUACAGUAUGUGUGACUUUAAAGAGCACUUAAUAAACUCUUGUUGUACCAAAUUUGGCUUUGUUUGGACUUUUUUUGACCAUAGGAACGCAUUAAUUGGAUUUCAAUGCAUUCCUAUGGGAUUUCGUGCUUCGCAAGACGAAAAAUUCGCUAGACGAAAAAACUCGCGGAACAAAUUAAUUUCGUCUUGCGAGGCACCACUGUAAAUUAGGUAUUGUGCUAUGUGCUGCUGCUGCACCUCUCUCUCUCUCUCUCUCUCUCCCUCCCUUGCAUUUUUGUACCCUUCCAUAAAGAAGUCGGUCCCUUAAUAUUCUUUUUUUAAAAAACAUAAUUUUUAUUAACAGGCCAAUCAUAUCACAUUAUUUCAAAUCACAUUAAUUCCAAAUUAUACAGCCAAAUUUUUCAAUUUUGUUGGGGGUACCCAUACAUCAAGCUCCGAACGAGAAUCCAAACAUCACUUCUAUUACUGCUUUAAUUAAACAGUCCUAUCCAGUUCUAUCCAGAUAGUCUCUUUAUUACUUUCUUCAUCUUCUUGUUGUUGUCAUAUAUUCCUUUCUUUGCGAUCUCUGAUAAUCUUCACAGGCAGGUUGAAAGCAAACAUCGUCUGUGUGGGUUUUACACACUCCACAAGUCAUAUCUCAUAGGGACAGCCGCCAUUCCCCUCCUCCUUCAAAAGUUUAUCUUCGGUUUGCCCUUUAGUUUUCCCAGGCUUGUAAAAUAUCUCAUGGAGGGCUCUGCCAGGAUUAAGAUCAAAUUCCAAUCAUCAUUCACAUUCCAAUAGUCCUGGUUCUCCUCCCCCCGUCUUUCUUAAACAAGCCUGUCUUGCGAGACGCCAUUUUAAAACUGCGUCAUAGAAUUUUUCCAUUCUCCGAUAUUUACCAAUCCUCUCUUCAUUCAUCAUUAAUUCAUCCCACACAGUUUUAAAAUUCCUGCUAGUGUAAUAAAAUACGGCGAUUCUUCUUUCUUUGGGGUGGAGGGUUAUCAAUCCUCACAUAAGGCAAAGAAAAGAAAAGUUUUUUCCUCCACCUCCCUUCUUCACUCCAGACAUACCAAUCUCUUAAUGGCGCUUCAUCGCUUGAUUUAUUUGUUCUCGCCCGCAGCUCCGAUCCCAGAGACCCAUUAAUCAGCAGUCUUAUCUCCCGACCUUUGCUUGAUGUAUGUGCUUUAGCAUCUUCCAAUUAUAUAUUUCCAAUUGUAUUUUCGAGCUAAAGCAAACCAGCACGCGCAGAUUGGAGACAGCGUCCAGGAAGAGCCGACUUCACCGAGGGCUGGUGCCAAGUGACGGGGCACCCCCUUCUCUCGAAUCCGGGGGUGCAUUAUGGCCACCGCUGGCAAGGCAGUCCCCCCCAUCUCCUUGGGGGGGCGGGAAGACUGCAUACUUCCCAUAGCAGCCUCUUAAUUACCUCGUGUGGGUCGGAGAGAUGUUAUUGUCGGCCAUCUUCCAAUGCGCCACCUGGUGGCCCCGGUCCCUUAGUAUUCUAGAGUUGAUGCCCAUGCAAAUAGGACUGCUUUAAAUUGAUGCUUGUGCUCAUCCAAUGGCUUUACAAAGAACUUACAACUUUAAUAGAUGAGGAGGAAGAUUUCAGCAUCACCCACAACCAUAAGAAGACAAUAGAUACUCCUGAUAGGUAUAGAUGUCUAGUCCACACACACACACACCGUCAAGCCAGCAUAGAGAUGAUCUUCAAGUGGUGCUUCACUUCACUUCUGGGAACCACAGCAAAUAAAUUGCAAAAUAACCCUUCUAUAUACUCAUCUCAAAAAAAUGAAACAAGCACAGCGGCCAUGGUGAAGUUUUAUUUCUCUGUGUCUCUCUCUCUGUGUGAAAUAUUAGUUCUGAGGUUUUAGGUCUUAAUCCAAAAGUAAGGACUCCCCACCCCCAUCCCCCCGGUAGCAUCUGUUGUAUUUUGUCUUCUUCACAUCCUGUUGAAAAAUAUACCGCCUGGAAUUUGCUGACCAACAUGGUGAUGUCUUCCUGCUGAAUGAGCUCCAGAAAAAUGCAAUGACUUGUGCACUGGGAACCUUCAGUAUCUGAGUUGUGUCUAAUUUCUUUAUAAGUGGUUUUUGUUUGGUUUUUUGCUUACGUUUUUUGCCAGUGAAAUUUCCUGGGAAUUGUGACUCCCUCUUCUAACUUGGAAUUUCCCGCUGCUUCCCUCCAACAUAGUUAUGAAAAGUGUUUUGGGUUUUUUUUUGGGGGGGGGGAGAUGUUGUUAAUGCCAGGUCAGGGAUGUAGCAGCCGUCCAUCCAUAAGAGCAGAUCCAGAAAAUGAGAGGAUGGACUGUAUCACUACUGCUGUUACCAUCUAGCAAGCUUGUACUCAGCAUUGCUCAGAAAUUCUACGACACUAAAAAAACAAACCACUCCAGCUUUGAAAUCAGUGGUUAAAAUCAGAGUAGUCUUGAAAGGUUCAGUCCUUCAUCUUGAUUCACAGUGGUGUGCAAAUGUAUCCAAACAUAGAGAGAAACCUGCUCCUUGAUAUCAGAAAGCAUCAUUUGUCUUAAGAAGUGUCCAAAUCCAUAGUCUCUGAAAAAUUGGCUUGUUUCGCCUUCGGAGCAAUGAUUUUAAGGAGUAAAGUUUGGGGGAUGAUAAGUUAAAUUCUUCAUGGGAGCAAACUCUUAUCUGACAGAAUGUCUGGUUUUAAUAACUGUUUUAACUUUGGAAUGUAUUUUAUUCUGUUUUAUUUAGUUUAUCUUUUAUAAUGGCUUUGUUGCAUAGCAACAAACAACUUUCCAAAAUACGUACUGCGGUAUAUUUCAUUUAUGAAUGGCUUCCCACGAGGCACUCCAAAGCGAUUUGCACUACAGUAAAAACGUAUAUAGAAAAACCUGCAUGUGUGAAAACAGUUUAAACAUUUGCUUAUAUAUAAAAACCAAUUAAAACCAAUUGUAAACAGUUUAACCACAACAACAUAUAUAUAACAUAAAUUCAGAUCCACACAGAUACCAACUUUCUCUGACUUUGGGCCACUGCAAAAAACAAAACAAAAAAACAUCAGGGGCAGAGGCUGAGUAAAAGGUGCCAAGGCAGUGAGCCACAAGCAGGCACCUAUGUUUUUAGGCAUGCAUACUCCACUGCCACUACAAAACUCUGCCCCCAUAACCUGAUGAUUGUUCAAGCAUGGGAGAAACCCUCCAUCCCACUGCAGGGCUUCCUUUUUGCAGAAUUGCUUACAGCUUUCUAUAAGGUUUUGAACAAAAGAGAAAGGUGGGAGGAAUCCACUGUUCACACCUGGCUGAUGCCCAUUGGUACUGAUAAGGAGGAAACAGUAUGUGGAGCCAGAGCCUCAAGCAUCCAUGGCAGAUGGCCAUCCCACCUCUGCUUAAAAGCCUCCAAGGAAACAGAGUCUGCAACCUCCCAGGUCGUCUGGAAGCUACUCUCAGCAGCCUCAGACAGCAUAGCCAGUGGUCAGGGAUGAUUAUAGUCCAACAUCUGGGGACAGCUGAAGAACAUUGGGAGAUGGUUAACGGGACUGUGGGUUGGGCUGGCAUGGACCUACUGGGUGACAACCUGCUGGCUCCCUCCCCAAGCUCAGACCCCUCAUCUCUCCAUGCCCCCCCCCCCCGCAAACAGUUCUCAGAGCAUAACCAAAUGAGCCACCUCUUGUUUCUAUAUUGCUUUGUAUUUUAAAAACAAUUUCUUCCAUUGUGCUCAUUGUCAAGCACUUGUUAUCUGGUCUAGUUUUCCUGCUGGUGUUCUUUCACUGUUUUUCUCCCCCAUUCCUGCUGAACGCAGGCAGAGUAAAUACUUUAUUGGACCUUUCAUCUUCAUGCAUUUGCCAGAGAGAAUGCGUCCACCCGCAAUGUUGUACAGCUAAGAAGGAAGCCGAUAACCAGCAAAGCCAGAAACUUGUGGAAUUGUAGGAAAUCUUUGUCCAAGCAGAUUACCCUCUCCCUCUCCCAGGCCCUUGAUUAAACUCUAACCCGACUCAUAAUCUCAUUCAUCUGCAUCUUCAAUCAGGAUAGUGGGCCAUAGUCUAAAACCAAUUCCCAUAAAUACCUUACUCCCCGACCAAAGACAAUUAUGUUGAUACACACACACACACACACACACACACACACACUGCCUUUUGCUAAAAAAAUAAAUAAGUAGAUGGACCAAUGAUCAGAUAGUAGACAGAACUGAGAGCACACUGAAUGCUCUUACCUGUGUAAUCCAAGAUUUUAUAUCUCUAAACUUGAUAAAGCACCACAGCUCUGCAUUAAAACAGUGUCAGUAUUGCAUGCUAAAAGAUUGUCUGUAAGAAAGUUGCAACUGAUGGAAUGACAAAGGUGUACUUUAACAGGUCAUGCCCUGUGUUUUAAUCAUUGAAUCAUCUGAUGCAGCCUUCCCCAGCCUGGUGCACUCCAGAUAUUAUUCAACUCCACCUCCCAUCAGCCCCAGCCAGGGUGGCCAAUUGUCAGGGAUGAUGGGAGUUGUAGUCCAUGGACAUAGGAAGGCUACCUUCUACUGAGUCAGAGCACUAAUCUAUCUAGCUCAGCUUUGUCUAUAUUAAGUGACAGUUGCUCUCCAGGUUUUCAGGCCAUGGGGAAUUUUCCACCUCUGUCUGGAGAUGCUGGAGGGUUGAACAUGCAGAACAGACGCCCUGUCACUGAGCUCCCACCCUUCCCCUUCUGAAUGGCCACAGGUCAGUGGCAGAACAUCUGGAGGGCCUUAGCUUCCCCACCCCCCAAAUUAGAGAACCCCUGUCAAAAAGGUAGGAGAGAAACACAAUAUGCCAUUUCCCCUUAACCAUCCUGUUUGGGAGAAGGAUUAUGUGGCUUUCAAAGCUGCAACCGGGUACACACUUCAUUUGGGAAUAAGCCCCGAUGUACGAAUACACAGGAUCUUAUCUAGAUCUCUGAUCAAGUUGAUCAAGACCUGGACCAACCAUGUGAUGGUGGGGGAGUAGAGUGGGCUUUGACAUAUUCCUAGCCAGUCGCAUUUUUAAAUAAAAUGAUGGGGUUUAUGUUCUAAGAGGUGAAAAGGAAUUGGAGGAGAAAAUUAAGCAAACUGAGGGCUUAUCUAGUUUGUGUUGCCGCUUUACCUUGGGAAAAUUUGCAGUUUAGCGCUGAAUGGUCACUGCAGUAGAUAGUUAUGGGAGAGCAGAAAGAUGAAGGUAGUUGAUCCCAGCUAAGCCUUACUGAGUGGUAGAACAUCCGCUUUGCUUGCAGAAGGUCCCAGGUUCAAGACUGGGAAAAUGAGAUUGGAGGUGGUAGGAGCAUCGUGUGCUAUUGGUCCAUUUAGCUCAGUACUGUCUACACUGACUGGCAGCAGCUCUCCAAAAUUUUAGGCAGCAUUCUCUCCCAGGCCUAAUGAGAGAUUCUGGGUUUCAAACCUGGGGUUUUCUGCAUGCAGAACAGAUGCUAUCCACCACCAAGCUAUGGCCCUUUCUCUUAAUUUCGCCCAUCAUGACUAGUAGUCUACUAGUCAUGCAGCCUGCAAAGGAUCAGGUAACAAGUGAUGAAGAAGCUGCUGGUUAGAGUGGGCAAUUCUUGAGUAGCCGGCCAGAUCAUUUGACAUGAUGCAAAGCAGCUUCCUGAUGUAAGAUCAGUCUUAUCUCCUCGCCUUCCAGGGGAUGGUUGCGGUCACUCGAUGCUGACGCCUUACAGCGGGACUCUGACUUCCAAGAACUACCCUGGCACUUAUCCCAACUUCACGUCUUGCGAGUGGAAGAUCCACGGAGCUGCAGGGAGCUCCCUAAGCCUGAUCUUUGGAGACAUGGACAUUGAAGCUUCAGAGCAAUGCAAAUCCGGCUUCCUAUUGCUUUCUUCCCCAUCGGAUGGAACUCGCUUCGGUAAGGACAAGCGUUUGACUUCUCGGUCGUAAGGAUCUCAGGAGUCACAGACAGCUUGGGGUCAUGGGAGUGGAGCACACUCUGCAGUGGGGUCAGGAAGGGGAAACAUCCUUUUCACAUGGAGGUAAGAGGGAAAGACUGUGGCUCCGUGGGAGAGUAUCCGCUCUGCCUGCAGCGGAGGUCCAGGUUCUGUUCCUGGCAACUCCAGGUAGGACUAAGAAUGUCCCUUCCUUUUUCAGCAGGGGGCCAGUCCACUGUCACUCAGACCUUGUGCGGGGCUGGACUAUAUUUUGAAGGGGGGGGGAGAACGAAUUCCGGUGCCCCACAAAUAACCCAGGGAUGCAUUACAAAUAAAAGCAUACAUUCUACUCAUGUAAAAACAGGCCCCACAAAUAAUCCAGAGAUGCAUUUUAAAUAAAAGGACACAUUCUACUCAUGUAAAAACACGCUGAUUCCCAGACCGUCUGCAGGCCAGAUUUAGAAGGUGAUUGGGCUGGAUCCGGCCCCCGGGCCUUAGUUUGCCUACCCAUGCCCUACCAAUCAGUGCAGACCAAUGGUCAUCAACCAGUCCAGACCUGAGACUCCCACAUUCACGUAUCCACUUUCGAUUUAUGCUUAAUAGCACUAGCAAGGCACAUUGUUAAUCUCAAAAUAGCAAUUCACAGGGCUAUGUACAGGGGGCUGCCUUAGCAUUGCCACUAAAUGAAAAGCCGCAAGGAACUUCCCCUCUGACCUAACCCUGUGUCCAGUGCUGGAUUUACAUAUAAUCUAAACAAGCUAUAGCUUAGGGCCCCACUCUCUUGGGAGCUCCCCAAAAAAUUAAAGGGAAAAAGCUGGAUGUACAUUUCCAAAAUAGAAGAUAAAAAACAAAUAAAAUAAAACCUACAUACAGCAACAGUGUUUUGUGUUGUGUAGGCUCCUAUGAUGUAAGUAAUGGGCCCUGUCUGCUAGCCUGCUCCCUAAAACAUAACUGGUUUGCUCAUUUCUCUAUAUAGGGUGCCUACAUUCUGCAUGUGCAAAUGGCUUUAGAUACCUGUUAGGUCCAUAAAUUACCAUAUAGCAUAUAUUCAACACAAAAAACAGCAACUAUUUGUUGUUGACAAAGGACAGCUGGACAUAUAAAGGGCCCCAUUACCUUCAGUCCUUCAGUAAUUUAGGGCCUCAUCAAACCUAAAUCUGGCCCUGCCUGUGCCUGGUUGCAGGGAGAGGGAUGAGUGUGAUGUGGCAUGCCUCAUCCAUCUAAGUCUCACCUGCUACAGCCAAGCUCCUGCCAUCACUUUUUGGGCCCCCGGCUAUUGCUAUGAAAAGCAACUGCUGGGCAUCCAAGCUACCCACUACAGUGGGCCCUUAUUCAGUCUCGUCCCCAGCAUAUUUCUAUUCUGGGAGAAGUCUAAAAAGCCACAGAAAUGGACUAAAACAUGAGCAGAGAGUGUCCCUGCUCCAGAGACACAUAUAGACUGGCAGGGCUAUAGGAAGGAAUACGGCUGGCCAGAAAUAAGUUUCUUUUUGAAAAAGGCUCUUGCCUUUCUCCUGCCAUUUUGUUACAACAAUUUAAAAUUCAAUCUUAAAUACAGUUAAAGCACAUUAUUGUCCCAGGAAUAGAGUGGCCCUCCCCCACUCCCUUAUCUGCUUGGAAAAGCAAGAGGCGCUCAGUGAAACGAACCGGCCUUUUCCAUCUCUGAUUUCUAUGGCCAUUCAGACAGAAGAAGGGGAAACGUUGAAUGAUCUCCUGGCUGACCCUCUCAUGUGUCGCUCUGGCAGAGCACAAAGGGGCCUUCUCUUUGCGAUAUACACUUGGAGCUCCUGGGCCCUUGUCCCUUAUUUGCUUCCUUGGCUGACAGUUCUUUUCCUGCUGCAUCCUAUAAUUAACUUUGCUUCCUCUUGGCAUGGGGACUCGCCCACCCUUUCCUUCACCCCUUGCCGCUCCGACUCCAUCACCUCCGAUUCCUGGCAGAGGCUGCUUUCACUUGAUUCUUUGGGAGAGACGGUUCCUGGAAGACAUUUCCAAAGGUCAUCCUUCCUUGCUAGCUUUGCUUGCCUCCUUCCUUCUUUCAGUUUCCCUCUCUACAGGCAGCUACAAGGCCCAUCCAAUCUCCCUUUAAAUCCAUAAAAUCUCUCCUAGGAAAUCCUGAAAACAUUUCAAGCACUGCUGGGGGGGGGGGGCAAACUUAAUGAACUGGCGCACGCACACACACACACACACACACACACCUGCUCCUUGCAUAGGUUCCCUCCAUAUGGCCCAUUUCCCAUGCAGAUAUAUAAAAAUUUGCAUUUGCCACUGCCCCCCUUUAAAAAAAAAUAAUUGCAUUUUAUUUAUUUGUUAACAUUAUUAUAUUACAUCAGUAAACGUUGUCAUAUUACUUUACAGGACUUACUAUAAUAUAAUUCCCAACGUGUAUACAAAAAUUAUAUACAAAUUUUAUAUACCUAGAAAGAAAAUGAAACAAAAAAGAAAGAAAGAACAAAGAGAAAAAACAAAAACAAUUUCCCCCCCAAAAAUCAUAUACAUACCAACACACUAGACUUCCUGUCUUUCCCAUUGUAUAUUCCUUUUUUUACAAAUGAAUGUACUCUUAUUAUUUUAUAUUUCUUUACAUAUUAUUUAAUACAUUCCUAUAUCAAUAAGUGCUCUUAGUCUUAUUUCUCAACUCAGUCUCACUCCAACGUUAAUCAAAUGCUAGCAUAGAUAGCAAACCUUUACUGUAUUUUUCAACAUAUGGUUUAUAUCUAUCCCACUUUUCCAUAAAUUUUUGUUUUGAAUUGCUUCUCAGGGUAUUUGUUAACUGCACCAUUUCAACAAAUUCUUGUAGCUUGUAAUGCCAGUCCGUUAUUGUCGGGGCUUCUUGUUCCUUCCACCCCUUUGCCAACAAAGUCCGAGCUGCAGCCAUUGCAUAUAAGAAUACCUUCCUAAAAAGCAUUGUUGGCAGGGACAUCCCAAAGGCCUUUAGGGGCCCCCUAUCCUAUCACUUGAUCCUGUUCUGGUCUAGGACAUUACACUGAAUGAACACACAGACAUUCCUUUUCAGGCUAUAGCUGUGCACAUGUGUGAAGAAGCUUUAAAGUGGGCAUGGAGGUGUCUCCAUACAGGCAUUUACUUUGGACUUGGUGCUGCUCGUUCCUGCACUUUUUUAUAGUUUAAAAACUGUGGGAUGUGAUACAUAAGUAGCAGUCAAGUACAACAUUCCUUGUUUUCCUAGAGUUGGACAUGCAGGGGAAUGUUUGGUCCAGCCAGUUAAAAACUUCCUGUUUCCUCCUGGCUAGGACAUAGUUCCUUUGCAUGUGACUAGAGGUGGGCAUGACCUUACCUGCCCAGGUAACAAAAGGACAAGGCACACAGCACAUACCCUCUCUUUGACUUCCUCCAUUGUUGGAGCAGCAGCUUUUAGCUAGAAUUGCUCUGUUGGCUCUCAGCCAACAGAGGACACUGGGACUAUCUCCAUAUGGCACAGAUCCAUAUGUAUAUACUUUGUAACUAAGUCUGCCUUCAGGGAUCCAACUGUGAAAUGAAGAUGUGAGUAAACUUAUUUUAUAUACUUUACACAAGACUGUAGCGUGUUUAUUCUUUUAAGGGAACUUACCAGGAAUCUAAUAUUGAGAGGCUUAAACAAGCCUGCAACCAGCUAUCUGCUGUGCGUUUAAAAGGGGAAUGUAAAACUCUGCUAAAUUAUAGAACUUGCUAGCGCAAAUUGGGAAGGAUAUGAAUAAACAAUAUAUCCUCUCCUUCCUCCCUGAACAUUCCCACAAAAAACCACAAUGGAGGAGAGACCAUCACCUUCGACUGUGAAACAACUCUUAAUGUCAGAAAGUUAUUCCUAAUAUUUAGUCAGACUCUUCUUUCUUGUAACUUGAAUCCAUUGGUUUGGGUCCUGUCCUCCAGAGCAGGAGAAACCAAGCUUGCUGUAUCUUCCAUGUAUCUGCCCGUUCAAUAUUUGAAGAUAGCUACCCUAUCACCUCGGGGACGCGGGUGGCGCUGUGGGUUAAACCACAGAGCCUAGGACUUGCCGAUCAGAAGGUUGGUGGUUCGAAUCCCCCCGAAGGGGUGAGCUCCUGUUGCUUGGUCCCAGCUCCUGCCAACCUAGCAGUUCAAAAGCACAUCAAAGUGCAAGUAGAUAAAUAGGUACCACUCCGGCGGGAAGGUAAACGGCGUUUCCGUGUGCUGCUCUGGUUCGCCAGAAGCAGCUUAGUCCUGCUGGCCACAUGACCCGGAAGCUGUACGCCGGCUCCCUCGGCCAAUAAAGUGAGAUGAGCGCCGCGACCCCAGAGUCGGCCACGUCUGGACCUAAUGGUCAGGGGUCCCUUUACCUUUACCUUACCCUAUCACCUCUCAAGUAUUCUCUUCUCCAGGCUAAACAUACCCAACUCCCUGAACUGUUCUUCAUAAGGCUUGAUCUUCAAACCUUUUAUCAUCUCAGCUGCCCUCCUCUGCACACCUUCCAGCUUGUCAACAUCCUUCCUAAAAUGUGAUGCCCAGAACUGGGCACACGACUCCAAGGGGAGCCUGACCAAGGAAGAAUACAAUGGUGUCUGCAUGAAGAUACAAUCUCAUACUUCCCCACCCUACCCCAUUUAAUCCGGAUUUACUGUUUCUGUGCUGUUUCUUUACUUAUUGGAUUUUCCACAGGAACAUUAAAUCCAGAUUAAACGGAAAAUAAUAUGGGGUGUUAUUUCGAUGAGGUUGAUGUUGUGUGGAUGAUGUGCAAAGCUUGCUUGGGUUAAUAAAUAAAUGUUCACUGUAUUCCUUUCGAUGCCUGCAGAAAACAUUUUUGUUUAGGCAAAGCCUAUCCAGACAAGUUGAAGUUCCAUGUGUUUCAUUCCUUGUUAGUUAGCGCUGAUUUCAGUUAUCUUUUUAAAUAUUUAAAAAGCCUGCUUCUAACAAACCUGUUUUUAAUCAAGAAUGUCAAUGUCUUAUUUUAUAUUGUUGUAAGGUGUUUAGAAGGUUUUUCAUUAUUUAAUCAAUAAAACUAAUUGCAUAUAUAAAUAAAUUUCUAUGCUGUUUGGAUAGGCCUAAUCUUAUAAUUCCCAGGAGAAAAGCUGGGUUUUUUAACGGAUGUUAUCUUAAACAUCUUUUUCAAUUCAUUUUAUAUCAUUUCCCAGUAAACUUUAACCUUUUUACAAGGUUUGUCUCCCAUUCCAAUAACACCUUAUACAUUUUAGACAUCACUUUAACAUUACAAUUUAACAGGUCUCUUUCUAAUUGUGAUAGUUGUUCCCCCAAACCCUCACGUCAUAUCCUUUUAAAACAUUUCAUUCAAAUGAUAAUAAUAUAAUCAUGAUGUUAACAUUCCAGGUAAAUCCUUAAACUCUUUUAGUUUAAAGUCUCCACCCUCCUCUCUUAGCAAAUUUCUAUAAGUUGCCUAGCUUUCCAUCAUAUUUUUCUUUUUCACUGCUAUGGCUUCCAAAGGUAAAAGCCAAAGUGGUGUUUUAAUUUCCAAUAAAUGUUUAUAUUUGUCCCAUAUUCUAUAUAAUUUUUUCCUAAUUAUAUGGUUUGCAAAACCUUUAUGUACUUUCACCUUUUCAUACCACAAUAAGCGUGCCAACUAAAAAUAUUAUCAUGACCUUCCAAAUCUAAAAUAUGCUGAUUCUUCAAUAGCAACCAUUCCUUUAACCAGCACAGACAAGAUGCUUCAUAAUAUAAUCUCAUAUCCAGCAGGGAGAAACCUCUUCUCUCUUUUGUGUGUUUCAGUAUUUUAUAUUUCAUUCUCGGUUUUUCCCCUUGCCAGAUAUAUUUAGAAAUAUAUUUUUGCCAUUUGUUGAAGCAAUCUGUCUUGCUGAUCACCGGUAUUGAUUGAAAGAAAAAUAACAUUCUUGGUAAUACAUUUGUCUUUAUGGUCGACACUCUGCCCAGCAACGAAGGUUUAAUUCUACCCCAUAUUUGCAAAUUUCUUUUAAUGUCCUUCUGGGUUCUCAGAUAGUUAUCUUAAUAUAGAUUUAUAUUCUUUGCUGUUAAUCAUACACCUUCUUUUCAAUCUUUAGACCUGAUAUGUUUUGUAAUUCAUUUUUACUCUCAUCAUUCAUGUUUUUUACCAAGAGCUUGGUUUUAUCUUUAAUAAUUUUAAGACCUGGUAUUUCUCAAAGAAAAUUUAUCUCUUCUAAUGCUUUCAGAAUUGACUCUAGUGGUUCUUCUACAGAUAUCACCAUGUCAUCUGCAAAAGCUUUUAAUUUGUAUUGUCUCUGUCCCACUCUUAUUCCUUUAAUUUCUUGAUUACAUCUUAAUCUUUGCACCAAAACUUCUAAAACUCAUGUGAACAAUAAAAGUGACAGCGGACAACCUUGUCUAGUUUAGUUUACUUACAAUUCUCAGUCAAUACGUUAUUUACUAUUAAUUUUGCUGAUGGUUUUGCAUAUAUUGCCUUAAGUUCUUUUAUAAAAGUUUCUCCACAGUUCAUAUAUUCCGAAAUUUUAAACAUAAACUCCCAGGAGACAUUAUCAAAUGCUUUCUCUGCAUCUAAAAACAUCAAGCCUGCUUGUUUUUCAUUUCUCACUUCUAAAUAUUCUAUUACAUCAAUUAUAUUUCUGAUAUUAUCUUUCAUUUGUCUUCCUGGCAAGAAUCUGGCCUAAUCUUGAUGUAUUACCUCUUUUAAUACAGCUUUCAACCUAUUGGCUAAUAUAUCUGCAAAAAGUUUAUAAUCAUUAUUCAACAAAGAUAUAGGUCAAUAGUUUUUAACCAGCUCUGGAUCUCUAUCUUGCUUAGGGAUCAAAGUUAUAUAAGCACUCUUUCAGGAUUCUGGCAGCUUCCCUGUAUUUGGCUGACUGACCAAACCCAAAGGGUGCUCAUCAAUGGUUCCUCUUCAUCCUGGAGAAGAGUGACUAGUGGGGUGCCACAGGGUUCUGUCUUGGGCCCGGUCUUAUUCAACAUCUUUAUCAAUGACUUGGAUGAUGGACUCUAGGGCAUCCUGAUCAAAUUUGCAGAUGACACCAAACUGGGAGGGGUGGCUAACACCCCAGAGGACAGGAUCACACUUCAAAACGACCUUGACAGAUUAGAGAACUGGGCCAAAACAAACAAGAUGAAUUUUAACAGGGAGAAAUGUAAAGUAUUGCACUUGGGCAAAAAAAAUGAGAGGCAGAAAUACAAGAUGGGUGACACCUGGCUUGAGAGCAGUACAUGUGAAAAGGAUCUAGGAGUCUUGGUUGACCACAAACUUGACAUGAGCCAACAGUGUGACGCGGCAGCUAAAAAGCCAAUGCAAUUCUGGGCCUCAUCAAUAGGAGUAUAGCAUCUAGAUCAAGGGAAGUAAUAGUGCCACUGUAUUCUGCUCUGGUCAGACCUCACCUGGAGUACUGUGUCCAGUUCUGGGCACCACAGUUCAAGAAGGACACUGACAAACUGGAACAUGUCCAGAGGAGGGCAACCGAAAUGGUCAAAGGCCUGGAAACGAUUCCUUAUGAGGAACGGCUAAGGGAGCUGGGCAUGUUUAGCCUGAAGAAGAGGAGGUUAAGGGGUGAUAUGAUAGCCAUGUUCAAAUAUAUAAAAGGAUGUCACAUAGAGGAGGGAGGAAGGUUGUUUGCUGCUGCUCCAGAGAAGCGGACACGGAGCAAUGGAUCCAAACUACAAGAAAGAAGAUUCCACCUAAACAUUAGGAAGAACUUCCUGACAGUAAGAGCUGUUCGACAGUGGAAUUUGCUGCCAAGGAGUGUGGUGGAGUCUCCUCCUUUGGAGGUCUUUAAGCAGAGGCUUGACAACCAUAUGUCAGGAGUGCUCUGAUGGUGUUUCCUGCUUGGCAGGGGGUUGGACUCGAUGGCCCUUGUGGUCUCUUCCAACUCUAUGAUUCUAUGAUUCUAUGAUUGAUUCUAUAUUCAUAAUGUCCUUUAAAUGUUUUAUUAGAUAAUCUUGUAACUUGUUAUAAUAUGCCUUUCCUAAUUUUGCCUGUAAAAGUACUUGCUCCAAUUUCAUCAUUGUCACUGGUCCAUUCAAAGAUGUCAUUUUAUCUUUUGAUAUCCUGUUCACUAUCUUCUACAUAUUUACUCAUUUUUUCUGAGUUACCCUAUUUGGCUCGAUAUAGUUCUUUAUAAAAACUCACAAACUGGUUUCUUAUUUCUUUAGGUUUUUCCCCUACUCUUCUUUCUAUACGUAUUUUAUUAAUACAGGUUUUUUCUUUAUUUGCCAAGCUAGUAGUUUCCCUGACUUGUUAGCCUGUUCAAAUUGUUUCUGUUUUAAAUAUUUAAUUUUCCAUUCUAUUUCCUGAUUUAUUAUCAUUGCAUAUUGCGUUUGCAAUAUCUUAAUGUCCUGUUUCACUAUCACUUUUCGUGGGGAAUUUAUUCAUUCUUUUUCUUUCUUUUUUAUUCCUUGAAAAAAUCCUUGUUUUUCUGCUCUCUUAUCUUUCUUUGGUACACACUUUGCUAUAGAAAAAAGCCCCACAUUACCACUUUACCCGCAUCCCAAACCACCUUUAAAUCUGUCAUUUGGUUUAAAUUAAUUUCAAAAUAAUCCUUUGAUUUGUUUGCCCCUUUUUCUAAUAUUUCUUGAUCAUUUAAUUUCUGCAAGGAAUUUCUUACAGAUCCUGUCCACAUUCCAUAUUCUUGAACAGAUCCACCUCUAGGGAUGGGUGAAUCUUUCCAUUUCAGUUUUUCUCUAUUUCUCAUUUCUUCAAUCCUAAAUUAGGUUUUCAAAACUUCAAUUUAUGAUUUUUUUUCUUUAAAAGGUUCUCAUGAAAAUUCACCAGUGUCUUCAUGCAUAUUUCUCCUUGCAUGUUCAUGUUUCUUUGCAAUUUUGCCUAAAAUGCAAAUUUUUUGCAUGUUAUUUCCAUGAACAGAUGAAUUUUUACACACAUGUAUUGGCUGGAGAAUUGUAAUGCAAGAUUCACAGAACUGUGCAAAUUUCAAAGGAUGGCUGUGUUAUGAUUCACACUUCAUUUUGGGAAAUGGGAAUUGGGUUGGCUUUUCUUUAAAUACAAAAGGAAUUGACUUUCUCCUCCAUCCCUACCAACCUUGCAAUGAUUAUUCACUCAUCAGCUAUAGUGUUCUCAUUUUCUAGCAGGGAAAAAACAAAAUAAUUUUGACCUGAUCUUGGUCCUACAUUUCCUGGAAUGAAAAAGGGUUGGGAUUCCUCUUUGCCUGCUUCCAAACACAACAAUGGUUGAGUUUCCUCUUCUCUGAACAGAAUUUCAUGUUCCAAAAGAAGGUGCUUUCUGCCUGACUGAAGGACUGAAGGAGUCCUGUUGACUGAAAGACCCCAAUGAACAGAUGCACAGAAAACUGCUGAAAUGCCAGCUUCUGUCUGAUAGUGUGAAGUAUGUCAACUGAAGGGGAGGAACCACCAGGCAUGCAGGAAGUGGUAGGAGAUAAGAGGCUCAGCAUUCGAGACAUUCAUGAGCAGAGUUGUGCAAAACUGCAACAGGAAAAGGAGGAUGCAAAACUGUAGCUCUGCAUCCCUGAUACAGACUGGUGGUCUGGAUUGUUGGAAAACAGCUCCUUACAUGGUUUUGCUUCCCUGCAACGUGAGUUGGGGUGAAGGUAAUAGAGACGAUCAACACGACUGUACGGAAUAAUCUCAAAUUUGCAGAGGAAAAGAUCUUUUUGAAUGAUAUACCCAAUACAUGGAAUCUAACAAAGGGACAAUAGGAAUGGAUUCCUCACCCUUAAAAGGUACCCCUGCCCGUACGGGCCAGUCGUGUCUGACUCUAGGGUUGUGCGCCCAUCUCACUUAAGAGGCCGGGGGCCAGCGCUGUUACUACGGCAAAAACACAGGUAUCGAUGAACUGGAAAAAUAAAAAUGCAGCUGGAUUGAACUGGAUUGAAGAUAUCUACAAACUCGCUACACAUGAACAAGUUGGGUGCAAACGUAGACUUGCUGCGGACAAAUUCAAUGAUAUUUGGAAUUCGUUUUUAUAAAUAUUGUAUUAGGUUAAGGUCUGGUUAACUACAAUAGCUUUUUGGUGUCUUAUCUUGCUCUGUGCACUUGUAAUUAUGUACUUUUUAUCGUUCAAUAAAGAACACACACACACACACACGAGUUUGGGUUUAUAGUGAAAGCACCUUUUUUGAGUUAACUGGAGCAUGGUGCCUUUGCUGGGAUUCUCCCCCUUCAGUCGGCCAGUUCCUGCUCCUGGCAGCAGCACCCAGAGCAGAUCCUCACUUCAAAGCAGAGGCUUCUCUGGUCCAAUUCAGCCUUCAGCAGAACUGGCUCCUGGCUGACUUUCGGGAAGUUCUCUGGAACGGAAGUUCUGGGCAGCAUGACCUUGGAACAAUGCGGUGUGCGCGCAGGGAGAGGGGUCUCUGGCUGUGUCUCUUGGUCGUCACUUUGUUCCAGUGUGCUGUGGGAAAUGAUGCAACUGGCAGGCUCCUCGGUGGUUGAGGCAAGUGGGGUGGAAUGAAGGAUUUCAUGCCGCAGCCCUGUGGCAAAGAGGACUACAAAGGCCUGGAAGCAGAUUCCUUUGGCCAUAUUUGCAGCCCACGCUUCUCAUCUGAAUGCUUUCAAAGCUAGCCAGCCACUAGUGUUUUGGGUUUUUUGCCAGAAUCAUUCUUUCUUAAAAUAAAAAAUAGUCCCAUUAUUUUAUAUACAACAGGGCAGCAUAACUGAAGUUAUCUGAUGAUCCUUUUUCUGUGGAGGCCAGAGUGAUCACCAGCAGGUGGACAGUGGUGACUGGUGGCAGUUGGGGCAGUAGCUGGAGCCAGAGCCAAAGAUAGGCGGAACCAACCAAUUCUAGGUUUGCUCCCAUCCUGCUCCCUGCUGAGUUCUAGAAGGGCAACACUGAAUGAAACGAAGCCGGCAAUCACUCCCUCUGAAAUGGCUAUGUGUCUGGAGGCGGUUGGAGGAUGGAUGGCAGCUAACAGAUUGUGAUUGAAUCCUGACAAGACAGAAGUACUGUUUUGGGGGGACAGGAGGUGGGCAGGUGUGGAGGACUCCCUGGUCCUGAAUGGGGUAACUGUGCCCCUGAAGGACCAGGUGCGCAGCCUGGGAGUCAUUUUGGACUCACAGCUGUCCAUGGAGGCACAGGUCAGUUCUGUGUCAGGGCAGCUGUUUACCAGCUCCAUCUGAUACACAGGCUGAGACCCUACCUGCCUGCAGACUGUCUCGCCAGAGUGGUGCAUGCUCUGGUUAUCUCCCGCUUGGACUACUGCAAUACGCUCUAUGUGGGGCUACCUUUGAAGGUGACCCAGAAACUACAACUAAUCCAGAACGUGGCAGCUAGACUGGUGACUGGGAGCGGCCGCCAAGACCACAUAACACCGGUCUUGAAAGACCUACAUUGGCUCCCAGUACGUUUCCGAGCACAAUUCAAAGUGUUGGUGCUGACCUUUAAAGCCCUAAACGGCCUCAGCCCAGAAUACCUGAAGGAGCGUCUCCACCCCCAUCGUUCUACCCAGACAGUGAGGUCCAGUGCCGAGGGCCUUCUGGCGUUUCCCUCACUGCGAGAAGCCAAGUUACAGGGAACCAGGCAGAGGGCCUUCUCGGUAGUGGUGCCCUCCCUGUGGAACGCCCUCCCACCAGAUGUCAAAGAGAACAACAACUACCAGACUUGUAGAAGACAUCUGAAGGCAGCCCUGUUUAGGGAAGCUUUUAAUGUUUGAUGUAUUACUUUAUUUUAAUAUUUUUUUGGAAGCCGCCCAGAGUGACGGGGGAAGCCCAGCCAGAUGGGUGGGGUAUAAAUAAUAUAUGAUGAUGAUGAUGAUGAUGAUGAUGAUGUUGGAAGGUAGGCAGGUGAGUCAGUGCACUAAUGGACUAACCUCCAUUGUCGGCAGGUAAGGUAUAGCCCAGUGAUGGGUGGACUAAACAGAGGGUUGAGAACCCCUCCCUCCUUCCCUCUUCCAAUUACCCCUUCCCUACUUGGUAGUUUCCUUCCUUCCAACCCAGUUCAACUGAGGCCAAAGCCUAAUGGAGGCUGCAAAUUGUCCACCCUCAGUUUUUAUUGCACCAUCUGUGUCCCACAGCACUUGUGAGUUGUUGCUAUCCCUCUGUCUUGGGAGACAAUGGAAGACUGUGCCUUGGCGUAAAGUCAAACUGUUGGAGAGUUACAGCGCCUGGUGUGACUGCAGAUAUAUGAGGGAGACAUGUUUUGUUGCAUCUGGGGAAAAUGAAGGCGUCCGGUUCUGCUGUUGCAGGUGUAUCACUGCGUUUCUUCUUCCUGGGCUCCUCCCAGUGGUCAUUCCUCCUCUGGUCACUGUUGUCGUCUGCAAGGGAUUCCCACAGGGCAGGGGUGAUGUACACAUAUUUCUCCACUCCCUAGGAAUCCACAAUUUGAAAGAGCAGCAGUGAAGCAAACAAAGGGAGGGAGAGCCAGACUAAGGGGGGAAAGGAAGAGUGUCGGUAAAUGGCCUCUUGUAACCACACAUCUCAUCUGUUUUGGCUCUGAAUCUGUUCCCUUUCCCCACCAUUUCGUCUUCCUAGAUGGAUCAGUUUGGAGUUAGGAGCUGGGGCGAGGGAUGUUUAAUGGCUGAUGAGGAUGGAGACACACAUGACUAUUUGUUUUAAAAGGGUGUGUGGGUGUCUAGCUGCAGGCAGGAUGCAAAACACUUUUUUCUUCCUUCUGGCACACAGUGACUCCAGUGAUGGCUCUAUAAUUCAUGAUUGCCCUAUUGUCCCAGUCAGAGCUCUUUGCAGAAUGGUGUUUGGGUAAGAUGAGGAUGUGGGAAUCACUCACUCUGACUCAGCCAUAGUUUUGUGGCUGCUUAAUCAGAGUGAAGCAUCUACAGGAGACUUUGCCGCACAGAGGUUCAGGGUCUUGCCUCAAGGAGCUCCCCUCCCCGCCUGCCCUGCAUGCCCUUACUAGCAAGAAUUAGGUUGGUUUUCAUCUGAUCUGUUUAUUAUAACUCUCCUUGCUUUGUUUGCAGAAAAUGUGCAGGCAGAUUAGACAGUAUAAGCGAAUCAUUGAGCAUUAAGAAUGGACAGAUCUGUCCCUUUUGGUGCUCUAGGUUUCUCAUUUCCCCAAUCUGAAAUUCAUUUCUCUGUAUUUCUGCAGCACUUUGAAUUUUUUUUUUUUAAAUCCUCACAAAAAUUUGUCAGCAUUUUCAUGCAAUGUCUCCUAAUAAAUGAUUUUUAGAUUUAGAUAUAACUGACCUUUUUUUUUUGCACGCAAUCUCUUAUAAUAAAGUGCUGUUUUUUAAUGCUAUUUCCACUGUUUCCUCCAAAUAGACACAUUUUUCUACAUAUUGUCUGAUUGGAGAACUGCUUUGCAAAAUUCAGAGAUUUCAAAAGAUAGCUGUGCUUUGAUGCAGGGAUUGGUUCAAGAAGUGUGAGUUAGAUAUUUUCUCAUUAAAAUGGAAACAAAAUGAAUUUUCUCUUCCAUCCCCAUUGAGCAUUGAUUCUGAAUUGUUUGCUGGAAAGUUAGAUGACUUUGCAUCAAGCAAUUUAUAUCCCACACUUCCCAGUGAUUUUAGGACAUGACAGUGUCGUGUGAUUUGGAGUGGGUGCUUUUGCUUAUCUGGUCACCUUUACUGAGUUCCUGGCAUAGCGCUUUGAAACCGCAGAUUCCCAUCCGCCCUCCCACUCGCUGGCCUGCAAUGGCACAUACCAGAGCUGUCAGUAAUGCUUGUGUAACAUCUGGUGGGCCAGCAAAUGUGUCAUAUGCUCGCAAGCCAGCUAUAAAGCAGGACUGAACAAAGAGUAAGAGAGAGACACAGCAAGAAAUGUUUCCAAAUGCAUCCCACCCCCCACCCUCUGCUCUAUUCAUCUACACCUCCUUUCCAUAUUCAAGUCUGUACUGGAAGGAAGCUCAUCCAUGCAGACAUUAAUGGUCCAUCUAAGAUGAUUCACAGAGGACAUGCAAGGCCAUUCCAGCACGUGAAGGCUCCUCUUUGCCUCAUCUGCUCUCUCUCAUUCUAGAUUCUCAGGGAUGGACUGGGCUUUGGAAGGUCAUUUCCUCAGAUUCAGGGGAAGGCAUCCUGUUAGGGUCCUGGAUCUGGUCCCAUAGGCCCUGGUGGCCCAGGAGCUUCUUCUGGAGGGUCCUCUCAUACAUCCCAGUGGUCUCCUGAUCUCCAGCAGUCAACUCGGAGCCCUGAACGUGGUCCAGUUCCUUAACUGGUGCCUCUGCAGCCUCCAGUUCUUGUGUCUGUGUUGCUGCUGGAUUGUGGGCAUAUGAAAAGAUAUACAGGUAACUCCCAUUUUAGGCAUGGCCUACAUUGGUGCAAUCGUGCACACAUGUACAGCGCCGAACCUGAAAAUGACCUGGAAACAUCAUCACUGAAACGUCACUAAAAGGGCGGACUGGAGGGCAGGGCAGGUGUUGGCAGGUUUCUGCAAUGGGUUUCCGAUUUCAUGUGAUUUCACACAAACACGCAAGGACCUGGAACGCAACCCACUCGCAAAUGGGGUGUUUCCUGUACAGUGGUACCUCGGGUUAAGAACUUUAUUCAUUCUGGAGGUCCGUUCUUAACCUGAAACUGAGGUACAGUACCACUUUAGCUAAUGGGGCCUCCCGCUGCUGCCAUGCCGCCGCCACGUGAUUUCUGUUCUCACCCUGAAGCAAAGUUCUUAACCCAAGGUACUAUUUCUGGGUUAGCGGAGUCUGCAACCUGAAGCGUCUGUAACCCGAGGUACCACUGUAUAUAUUUUCAGAUGCCCUGAAUCCAGCAGCAAUUUAUAUCACACACACACACACACACACACAUAUAUACAAACACACACACAACUCAAAUUCCCAAUAUAGGGAGUAGAGCUUUAACUCUUUGCCCCCAGCUAUGAUCCCAAUAUAGAUCUCUGCCCCCACCCAGCCAGUCGAUUGACCUAAGGGGAAUAAGUUCACAUUGCGGUGAAUGGAAUCCCCCCCCCCCCCAAUUCAAAUAACCAGCAUGGAAGAAUCUGAAUUGAGGCACAAAGAGUUAAAGUUUUCCCCAACACACACACACACACACACACACACACACACCAAGCUACAGUCCUAAUCUGGAUCUGGCCCUCCGCACUGGCAGUUUGAGUAACCCUCUCCCCCCUCCCCUCAUUUAAGUUACAGAGCUGGCUUGUCAUCUAGGUUGCCCAUUCAGUUCCAUGGAGGAUUAGAAUGCGUGAACAUGGGCCUGAGGCUUUCCUUGUUAAAGUGAAGUGAGAGCCAUAAAACGAAUAAGAGCAGAAUGCAUUGCAACAGGUCUUGGUGUUCCUGGCCUGCCUGCUGAAAUGACAGCUGGGGCUUGCGGGAGGGGGAAGCCGUGCGUGCAAAUCUGCCCGUUAUAAAACAGGGACUUAUUGAUCAGACCCUUCCUACAAAGUGCUGGGCAAAGGCUGGUAGUUUGUUAAUCCAGGGUCUUAAUGGGGAGAGGGAGAUUGCAAAUUAAUUUGGAUUACAUGGCUGAGAGCACGAGGGGAUUUGUUUUCUGAGUUGUUUGGAGCCGAAAGAGAAAAGGGGGGAAUUUGGUGGCCAUAGCUGGUAGCUAAAUCUCUCUUCAUUUCUUGGGCAUCAGACAUUUGGGUCGCAUGUAUGGCUGGGGGGGAAAUGGGGAUUCAUUUGCAUUUAAAGGUGAGCUUCCCAGAUUCACACUUCCUGAAGCAGCACAUGAACCGAAACACAGGCAUCCUUCUAAAUUUGAAGGACGUUGCAAGGCCAAGUAAGGCGCACAGUAAUGCAUACACUGGAGUAAAGUGUGCAUUAAAAUGCAUACGUCAGUGAAAAUAACAUGCAAAGGUGUGUUGUAUUAGAGGAAUGUGCUUACAAAAUGCACAUAUUAGGCAAAACAGCCUACAAAAAUAUCUGGAGAAAUUGGCUGGUGAAUUUUCAUGACAACCUAAAAAUAAUAAUAAAAUUGCAAACUAAUGUGGAAAACUGAGAAACAGAGAACUGAAAUUGCCAGAGUUACCUGUCCCCAGCCGCAGGAGACAGAAAGAGAGGGUUUUGUCAUCUGUGGAUCCGGAAACUGUGGCCCUCCAGAUGUUGCUGGACUCCAACUGCCCUCAGCCUAAGUCCUGUCCAGAUUGGUGGAGGGUUGGUUUUGCUUUUGCAUAUUCUGUAACAUGUCGACAAUUCUGUUAUAGUGCAUUUAGUGGUGGAUUUAUACUGGACCAUCCAUCAUUCCGCUUUAUUAAUUGAUCUGCAUGGCUUACCCAAGUGAAGCUUGGAUUAUUGCCAUCUGGAGCAGCACUUUUGCACUUUGCGUAACAAAGGAGGGAAGAAGAAACUGGAACAUUGGCAGUACUGUAGAAAAAGUUCCAGGAUUUCAACAGAGCCAUUGGCUACACUUGCUGAGGCUGAUAGGAAUUGCUGUUCAGCAACAUCUGGAGGGCCAAAGGUUCCCUUCACCUGGUUUAAUCAAUAAAGCAAUACCUCUUUUUGCAAAGUGGUAAAGGUAAAGGGCCCCCUGACCAUUAGGUCCAGUCGUGGCCGACUCUGGGGUUGCGGUGCUCAUCUCGCUUUAUUGGCCGAGGGAGCUUCCGGGUCAUGUGGCCAGCAUGACUAAGCCGCUUCUGGCGAACCAGAGCAGCGCACGGAAAUGCCGUUUACCUUCCCGCCGGAGCGGUACCUAUUUUUCUACUUGCACUUUGAAGUGCUUUCGAACUGCUAGGUUGGCAGGAGCAGGGACAGAGCAAUGGGGGCUCACUCCAUCACGGGGAUUCGAACCGCCGACCUUCUGAUCAGCAAGUCCUAGGCUCUGUGGUUUAACCCACAGCGCCACCUGCAUCCCUUUUUUGCAAAGUGGUAUUUCCCCCCCAAAAAGUUGUCUUCCUUGUUGUUUCUUAUGAUGUGCAAUUGCUUAAUAUGGUUUCCUCCCCCUUCAUUAUAGCCAAUGUCCGUUCUUGAUAUUACAGUGGUACCUUGGUUCUCAAACUUAAUCCGUUCUGGAAGUCCGUUCCAAAACCAAAGCGUUCCAAAACCAAGGCACAUUUUCUCAUAGAAAGUAAUGCAAAACAGAUUAAUCCGCUACAGACUUUUAAAAACAACCCCUAAAACAGCAAUUUAACAUGACAUUUACUAUAUAACGAGACCAUUGAUCCAUAAAAUGAAGCAAUAAUCAAUGUACUGUACUAUAAAAUAAAUAAGACAGUAUUGUAGAUGAUAAAAAUAGAAAGUAAUUUUUUAUUUUUUAAUAACCAGAACACUUAACUUCCGGGUUUUCAGCAUUUGGGAACCAAGGUACCACUGUACUGUUCUUCAAAAUAGUCCAGUAUUUCACUCUGGCAAUAAUAAGUCUUGCUGCCUUUGUAAGAAGGUUAGUAAGGGAAGCGUCUAGGCUUUGCAGGUCCACCACAAGGAACUUUUGACCAUUCAUUUAGUUGCAGUGUGCAUGGAGAUAGCCUGGAACCAGUGCACAACUGAUGGUCUGAACAUUGAAUUGUGGUACAUGAGGAUCUGGUCAAUAGCAUUGGCUGAAAAACUGACAUGCCAGAUAUGAACAGCCAAUAAGAAUUCAAACCCCUUUAAUAUCUUCAAUACUUGGUAAUCAUUCCUUGACUUCAUACAACAUGAGGACAGUGUUCAGAAUCUGCCUUUGACUCAUGGCAAUCUGUGGAGAGACCUGCUAAGCGAACUUCAGGAAUAAGACAAUGACACUGUGGGUUUGUUUGUUUUUUAAUGUUGUUUCAUAGUAUUUAUCAUAAAUAUGGAAAAUCAAUAAAAAUAUUUUUAUAGAAAGUAUGGGAAUCAUCUUUUUGAUUGCUUCUCUGCAUUCAAAAACUGAAGGUAGAAAAGUUAGACAUCAAGGAGCAAUCUGAGCUCUCAGUUGAUCCGUUGCUGAAGAUGAUUGCUUAAGGCUGGGCUGGAUAACCAGUGUGUUUCUUGAUGUAAUGAUUCAUGAGUGUAACUUGUUCUUGUUCUCUCUCUUUCUCUCUCCAGGCCCAUACUGUAGCAAUUCAAAUCCUCCACGCACAGUCCUGGUGAUGGACUCCACCCCAGUGACCAUCUUGUUCAACACAACAGCACAUCGUUCGGGACGUGGCUUCCUCCUUUCUUAUGCCAGUGGCAACCAAUCAGGUAAGAGAGAUACACACCUUGCAUUUGGUGCAAAGUUUGAGGUAACUGGGAAAAGUUUUGCCUCUUCAGCCUUCUGCCAGUGGACACUCUCCACUUCCACCUCUGCAUCUCAGUGAGCUCACCCAUAUGUCGCUCUUGCCCUUUGAUGAAUGCCUUUCUAAUUAAAAAUAAAAUAAAAAUAAUUAUGAUAUUUUUAUUUUUAUUUUUUAAGUAUUUGUGGCUGUUCAUAAAAAGGUAAAGGUAAAGGGACCCCUGACCAUAAGGUCCAGUCAUGGCCGACUCUGGGGUUGCGCUGCUCAUCUCGCUUUAUUGGCCGAGGGAGCCGGUGUACAGCUUCCGGGUCAUGUGGCCAGCAUGACUAAGCCGCUUCUGGCGAACCAGAGCAGCACACGGAAAUGCCGUUUACCUUCCUGCUGGAGCGGUACCUAUUUAUCUACUUGCACUUUGACGUGCUUUUGAACUGCUAGUUUGGCAGGAGCAGGGACCAAGCAACGGGAGCUCACCCCGUUGCAGGGAUUCAAACUGCUGACCUUCUGAUCGGCAAGUCCUAGGCUCUGUGGUUUGACCCGCAGCGCCACCCGCGUCCCCGUUCAUACAGUGAAACUAUUCCUCGUAGGGAAAGUGCUCCAGAUCCCUGAUCACUUUAGUUACCCAUUUCUCCUCCUUUGCCAGUUGAAGGACCUGCUGAUGGGAUGUAGGAACCUAGGAAGUUGCCUUACGGCAAGUCAGAACAUGGGUGCGUCUUUCUCAGUCAAUACUGUCUACACUAACUAGCAAUGGCUCUCUGGGGUUUCAAGCAAAGGAAACCCUGGAGUCCUUCCUGGAAAUACCUGGGAUUCAUCAACCUGGGGUCUUCUGCAUGCAAAGUGGAUGCUCUACCACUGAGCUGUGGCCCUUUCCCAAAGGAUGAGAAACACAGGAUGUUGUCUCAGGGCGAGUCACACCAUUGGUCCAUGUAGCUCAGUAUUGUCUACACACUGACUGGCAAUAGCUCUCCAGAGCUGCAAGCUUGGACAUUCCAGGGUUGAACCUGCAAAGCCACAGCCCUUCCCCAAAGCAGUGUAAAUGAGCUAUUGCAUGCAUGAGAAUCAUGCCUUGUGUUUUGACACUGGCAGGCAGAAUGCCAAUGGGAAACAUCUGCAGCUGGCCUUUGCCUUUGAAGGCCCCACACAAGCAGCCAGUCAUUGGGUCUUCCACACCACAAACAUUUGUGAGUCACCAUCCACCGCCACCCCAUCAUCCCUUUGAGAUUUUUUGAGAGGGAUCGUAAGAGGAUAUGAGUUUCUCAGGGUUGAUGAGAAACUUUGGACAUUGGACUGCUUGGUAUUCUUUCUCUUACGAGAACUGGGGGAAAUAACACCCAUUGUGUCCAUCUUGGAACAGACUGCAUUCUUGACAUUUGUUUCUGACCUGCUAUGAGCAUAGCACUGUCAAUCAGAUACUCUUGCCCAAGCAGUUCUCUUCUCUCAGGAACAGAUUCCUAGAACAUGGUUCAUAGGUGUCCAGCUCCCCAUCUACUUCCAUAGAGCUUGUGCUGCUGAAUCUCCUAAUGCAGGGGUAGCUAAUCCAUGACACUCUCCAGAAGAUAGACUCAUAGAGUCAUAGAACUGUCGAGUUGGAAGGGACCCCAAGGGUCAUCUAGUCCAACCCCCUGCAAUGCAGAAAUCUCAGCUAAAGCAUCCAUGACAGAUGGCCACCCAGCCUAUGCUUAAAAACCUCCAAGGAAGAAGAGUCCACAACCUCCCAAGGGAGAUCGUCCCACUAUUGAACAGCUCUUACUGUCCGAAAGUUCUUCCUGGUGUUUAGUUGGAAUCUCCUUUCUUGUAACACGAAGCCAUUGGUUCGAGUCCUACCCUCUAGAGUAGGGGGGGGGGGAAGCAUGCUCCAUCUUCUAUGUGACAGCCCUUUAGAUAUUUGAAGAUGGUUAUUGUAUGUCCUCUCAGUCUACUCUUCUCCAGGCUAAACAUAUCCAAUUCAUGUUAAGCUAGUGGUCCACUAAGACCCCCUAGAGCUACUACUUGCGUGUAGUACUUGCAAGCCAGGUGCCCCCAUCUUAUAUUUGUUCAUCUGAUUCUUCCUGCCUAAGUGCAGAACCUUACAUUUGUCCCUACUGGAAUUCAUUUUGUUAGUUUUGAACUAGUAGAACUGAUUCUGUCUCUAUUGCCUGAAAUUUUGUGCUGCACGACAGAUUUGCCUCUGUUUUCCUCACAUACAGAGGAAAAAGUGAGUUCUGCAGAGCUGAAUUGAUUUCUAUAAGCCCAGACUACAUUUGGAUCCAGACAGUGGUGCAGUUAGGUAAUUUUAGGUUAGUCUUCCCCAGCCUGGUGCAAUCCAGAUGUUGGUGGACUACAGUUCUCAUCAUCCCUGACCAUGGGCCAUGCUGAGUAAAGCUGAUGGGAACUGGAAUACAAAAAAACAUUUGGUGGGCACCAGGUUGAGGAAGCCUGUUUUAGACCCUUUAGACUUAAUGGUCUUACUCUCCCACCCCACCCCAUUCCAGACCACACACACUUUAGCUGAAAGUAUGAAUUUCAUCACUUAUUUUAAAAUGUGGUAAGCCUACCCUGCUGCCUAUUUUGCUGGUCCUAGACUUCUGCCCAAAUGUCCUGCUCUGAUGGUGCUGUUGGAUUGUAUCCCUACUCAGAAUAGGCCCAUUGGAGUUAAUGAACAUGACUGACUUGGGUUCAUUAAUUUCAAUGGGUCUACUCUGAGUAGGACUUAUUUGAAGACAACCCACUGUAUCCAGAUCAAGGGGUCAGAGUGUCAGAGUCACUGUGACUUGUAAUCAACCAGGCCCCAAGUUCUGAACUCUUACCCAAUGGAGCUCUCCCCUUCUCUUUUAGAUUUGAUCUCCUGUUUGCAGAAGGGAAUCCAUUAUGAGAAGGAACAAAUCAGGUGAGUGUUCCCUUACGUGAGACUCCAAGCAUAGAUGGGAUUCUUCUUACAGCCCUAAAGGGCCCCCAAUACCUGAAAGACCGCCUACUUCCCCACAGACUCUCUUGGGCGCUAAGAUCACACAGAGGUGUUCCUCCACCCUCAGAAGCUCCAGGGCUGGUGGCUCAGGAGAGGGCCUUCUCUCUAGCAGCUCCCAAGUUGCAGAGCUCCCUUCCCACAGAGGUCCCUCUGGCACCUUCAUUAUACAGCUUUCAGAAAAUGCUGAAGGUACAGCUCUUUACCCUGACCUCUGACGCUUGAGAUUUAGGACCCACCAAUUCUUGUGAUUUUAAGUUUUCAAUUUUUUUUUUAUACAGUCUAACAUUGUGUUUUAAUAUUAAUGCUGUGUUUUAAUUGUUAUAACCCGCCUUGGGACCGUAGGGUAAAAAAUUACAACAACACAGUGGAUGAAGGGAACGCAGUGGAUGUAGCCUACCUUGAUUUCAGCAAGGCAUUUGACAAGGUGCCCCGUGAUAUUCUUGUGAAGAAGCUGGUAAAAUGCAGUCUUGACUAUGCUACCACUCAGUGGAUUUGUAACUGGCUGACUGACCGAACCCAAAGGGUGCUCAUCAAUGGUUCCUCUUCAUCCUGGAGAAGAGUGACUAGUGGGGUGCCACAGGGUUCUGUCUUGGGCCCGGUCUUAUUCAACAUCUUUAUCAACAACUUGGAUGAUGGACUCAAGGGCAUCCUGAUCAAAUUUGCAGAUGACACCAAACUGGGAGGGUGGCUAACACCCCAGAGGACAGGAUCACACUUCAAAACGACCUUGACAGAUUAGAGAACUGGGCAAAAACAAACAGAUGAAUUUUAACAGGGAGAAAUGUAAAGUAUUGCACUUGGGCAAAAAAAUGAGAGGCACAAAUACAAGAUGGGGGACACCUGGCUUGAGAGCAGUACAUGUGAAAAGGAUCUAGGAGUCUUGGUUGACCACAAACUUGACAUGAGCCAACAGUGUGACGCGGCAGCUAAAAAAGCCAAUGCAAUUCUGGGCCUCAUCAAUAGGAGUAUAGCAUCUAGAUCAAGGGAAGUAAUAGUGCCACUGUAUUCUGCUCUGGUCAGACCUCACCUGGAGUACUGUGUCCAGUUCUGGGCACCACAGUUCAAGAAGGACACUGACAAACUGGAACGUGUCCAGAGGAGGGCAACCAAAAUGGUCAAAGGCCUGGAAACGAUGCCUUAUGAGGAACGGCUAAGGGAGCUGGGCAUGUUUAGCCUGGAGAAGAGGAGGUUAAGGGGUGAUAUGAUAGCCAUGUUCAAAUAUAUAAAAGGAUGUCACAUAGAGGAGGGAGAAAGGUUGUUUUCUGCUGCUCCAGAGAAGCGGACACGGAGCAAUGGAUCCACACUACAAGAAAGAAGAUUCCACCUAAACAUUAGGAAGAACUUCCUGACAGUAAGAGCUGUUCGACAGUGGAAUUUGCUGCCAAGGAGUGUGGUGGAGUCUCCUUCUUUGGAGGUCUUUAAGCAGAGGCUUGACAACCAUAUGUCAGGAGUGCUCUGAUGGUGUUUCCUGCUUGGCAGGGGGUUGGACUCGAUGGCCCUUGUGGUCUCUUCCAACUCUAUGAUUCUAUGAUUCUAUGAACUCAAGGCCAGCAGAAACCUGUCCUCUAAUCAGGUUUGUGGGGCUGCUGCCCUCUGUGCUGCUACCCUAAUGUAGGGAUUUGAAUCUGUGUUCAACUAGGACCGAGUCUUUCUUAGUGUCCUUGACCCCCAAGGACACAGAGUAGUUAUGGCAUGGUAGAAAUGGAACCCUAAAGCUUGCCUAUGCUACCUGAGGAUAUAUGAAAACUGGCUAGCUUUACAGAGCUGUUCCCACAUAAAGAGAAGGGCCCAAGACUAUGUUGUCUUUUAUUUUCUUGCAGAGUUUACUGCCCUGCAGGCUGCAAAGGAGUAUCGGGAGACAUCUGGGGCAACACGAACCAAGGCUACCGGGAUGUGAGUCCUGCAGCAUCAGUCGUGCUUUCAGAAAGGCAUAGGUGUUUUGGACUACAACACCCAUCAUCCCUGACCCUUGGCCAGGAUAACUGAGGCUGAUGGGAGCUGUAGUCCACAUCAUCUGAAGGGGCAUGAAAUAAUCCACUAAAGCUUAUGCCGUAACAAAUUCGUUGUUGUUGUUUUUUAAUUAGCCAGAAGACUCUUCAGAAGUUAUUUUCGGCUGCAACAGGCAAACAUAGCUCUCCUGCUUUGAAAUUGUUUUUUUUUUUUUUUUAAGAAUAUUUAUUCCAGUUUUAAAGUUACAAAAAAUAAAGAAAAAACAAACCAUACACAUGUUACAAAAAACAGACAAUAAAAAAGAAAUAAGAAAAAACAAAGUAUCACAAUAAAAAAUAACAAAAAUCAAAUUAGACCUUUACAACCUUUUUCCCUUUUACUUAUUUCCAUGACUUCCUCUCACCUCCCUGCUUUGUAUUCUAGUUUAAAUCGUAUCUCCAGCAAGUCCAUCUAACCUUCUUUUCUUUUACUUAUUUUAACAUUCGAAAGUAUUUAAUUCUCCUCUAUCCUCAUUUUACGCUUCAUUUUUACUUAUUCCAUUAUACCAUGUCUGCCAAUACGGCCUAAUAUUCUUUUCCAACCUUUUUCUAACAUUCUUUUAUAUUACAGUGUUUCUGAAGAUAUAUUUUAAAUUUUCUCCAGUCUUCUUCCAUCAACCCUUCUUCCUGAUCUCGGAUUCUGCCGGUCAUCUCAGCCAGUUCCAUAUAGUCCAUCACUUUCAUCUGCCAUUCUUCUCGGGUAGGCAAUUCUUGUGUCUUCCAAUAUUUCCCAAUGAGUAUUCUUGCCGCUGCUGUCGCAUACAUAAAAAGAUUCCUAUCUUCCCUUCGCACCCAUUGGCCGACCAUGCCCAAGAGGAAGGCCUCUGGUUUCUUCACAAAAGUGUAUUUCAAUACCUUUUUUAGUUCAUUAUAUAUCAUUUCCCAGAAGGCCUUGAUCUUUGGGCACGUCCACCAAAGGUGGAAAAAGGUACCUUCAUUUUCUUUACAUUUCCAACAUUUAUUAUCGGGCAAAUGAUAAAUUUUUGCUAGCUUGACUGGGGUUAAGUACCACCUAUAAAUCAUUUUCAUUAUAUUUUCUCUUAAGGCAUUGCAAGCCGUAAACUUCAUACCUGUGAUCCAUAACCGUUCCCAGUCAGCAAACAUAAUAUUAUGCCCAACAUCUUGUGCCCAUUUAAUCAUAGCAGACUUAACCAUUUCAUCCUGUGUAUUCCAUUUCAGCAGCAGGUUAUACAUUCUUGACAAAUUUUUAGUUUUAGGCUCUAACAAUUCCGUUUCCAGUUUGGAUUUUUCCUCCUGAAAACCAAUCUUUUAUCUAGGUUAAAAACCUCCCUUAUUUGAUAAUAAUGAAGCCAAUCUCGGACUUUAGUUUUUAAUUUGUCAAAACUCUGCAGUUUUAGUUUAUCUCCAACUUGUUCUAAAAUUUCACAGUAUUUUGGCCAAUUUGUCUCCAUAUUAGUUUUUUUCAAUGCCUUUGCCUCCAUUGGUGACAGCCACCUUGGUGUUUUACUUUCCAACAAAUCCUUAUAUCUCACCCAAACAUUAAACAAUGCUUUCCUGACAAUAUGAUUCUUAAAGGCCUUAUGCGCUUUAACCUUGUCAUACCAUAAAUAUGCAUGCCAUCCAAACACAUUAUCAAAGCCUUCUAGAUCCAAAAUGUCCACGUUUUCAAGAAGUAGCCAAUCUUUCAGCCAGCAAAAUGCGGCUGAUUCAUAGUAAAGUUUAAGAUCUGGCAGGGCAAAUCCCCUCUUUCCUUCGCAUCUGUUAAUAUCUUAAAUUUUAUUCUAGGCUUUUGCCCUGCCAGAUAAAUUUGGAAAUAUCUCUUUGCCACCUCUUGAAACAGUCCAUUUUAUCCACAAUUUGCAAUGUUUGAAACAAAAACAACAUUCUAGGCAAUACAUUCAUCUUUAUCGCAGCAAUUCGGCCCAACAAUGAUAACUUCAAUUUUGACCAUGUUUCUAAAUCCUUCUUCACUUCUGACCAACAUUUUUCAUAAUUAUCUUUAAACAAAUUCACAUUUUUAGCAGUCAUAUUCACCCCUAAAUAUUUCACUUUGUUAACUAUUGUUAAUCCUGUCUCUUUCUGAAACCUCUCUUUCUCAAUCUCUGUAAGGUGUUUCUCUAAUACCUUAGUUUUCGUCUUGUUUAAUUUAAAACCUGCUACUUGACCAAAUUCUUGGAUUAAUUGUAAUACUCUUUUUGUGCUGGCUUCUGGCUCCUGUAAUGUCAAAACUAAAUCAUCAGCAAAAGCUUUCAAUUUGUACUGUUUAGCUCCGAGUUGUAUACCUUUAACCAAUUGGUCUUUUCUAAUCAUAUUGAGCAAAACCUCCAGGACCGAUAUAAAAAGCAAUGGGGAGAUUGGGCAACCCUGUCUUGUUCCUUUCUCUAUCUUAAAUUCUUCUGUAACUACAUUGUUCACAAUAAGCUUAGCUUUUUGUUCCGAGUAAAUUGCACCUAUACCAUUUUCAAAACUUUGGCCUACCCCCAUCCCCUGCAAAUUUUUCUUCAUAAAACUCCAAGAAAUAUUGUCAAACGCUUUCUCUGCAUCUACAAAUAUUAAAACAGCUUUGGUAUUGAUAUUAACUUGCAGUUUUUCUAAAAUAUUGAUAAUAUUCCUAGUAUUAUCUGACAGAUGUCUCCCGGGAGAAAGCCCGCCUGAUCUUUAUGAAUCUCUUUUACCAAUACAUUUUUUAAUCUUUUAGCCAUAAUUUCCACAAAAAAUUUGUAAUCCACAUUAAGUAGGGAUAUGGGACGGUAGUUCUUCAGCUGUGUCUUCUCCACUUCAGUUUUUGGUAUAAGUGUAAUAUAUGCUUCUUUCCACGACUCGGGUGCUUUUCCUCCCCGUAGUAUUUCAUUGCAAAGUUCUUUCAGCGGUUGCAAUAACCAUUCUUUCAAAGAUUUGUAGUACUUUGCAGUUAGACCAUCCGGUCCUGGAGAUUUGCCCAAUUUCAUAUUCUGAAUGGCUCCUUCCACCUCUUGAUCAGAUAUUGUAGAGUUUAAUAUUGAUUUGCUCUCUUGAGAUACUUUUUGUAAUCCAUUAUUUUUCAAAAACCGAUCAAUGUCUAAUUCUUUCUGAGUCUCCUGCGUAUAUAACUGUUUAAAAUAAUUCUGAAAGCACUUCCGAAUCUCUCCAGGAUUCUGUAUGUUCUUCCCUUCUACUACCAAGUUCGUAAUCGUAUUCAGCUUUUGUCUUUUUUUCAUUUGCCAGGCCAGUAAUUUCCCACAUUUAUUUGCCGAUUCGAAGGUCUUUUGUUUCAUCUGUUUGACCUUCCAUUCUAUCUCCUGGUUCAUCAGUUUCAUAUAUUGUACUUGGUAUAGCUUUAUCUCUUUUAAAAUCUCCUGUGAGUUCGGUUUCGCCCUCAGUCUUUUUUCUCCGUCCUUAAUUUUCUCCAAAAUUUUUUCUCUCUUCUCGUUUUGAUAUCUUUUCCUAAUUGCGUUUUGUUGUAUCAAAAAUCCUCUCAUCACCGCUUUGCUGGCGUCCCAAAUCACUCUUUUUUCUGUCGUAGUAUUCAUAUUUAUCUCAAAAUAAUCUCUCAAAUUCUUCUGGGCCUUUUAAAUAAUUUCCUUAUUCCUAAAUAAGGAGUCAUUCAUCCUCCAUCUGAAAGCUCCAAUUGGCGUUGAUAUCAUUUCAAUCUUUACUGGAUUGUGAUCAGAGCAAAUUUUCGGGCAAAUCACCGCUUUUAUCUUAGGGGCCAGUCCUCUAGUUAUCCAGAUUUGGUCUAUUCUUGUCCAUGUCAUAUUUGCUUCAGAGAAGAAGGUUCCUUCUCUUUCCAAGGGGUUCUUUAUUCGCCAAAUAUCCACAAGAUCCAUAUUGUCAGUCAUUUCAAAAAUGUCUUUGGUAGUCUUCCAUCUUUCGUCAUCGUUUGUCUUUGGGCUUUAUCCAUAUUUGUAGACACUACUCCAUUCAUAUCUCCCAUCAAAAUAAUGUUGUAAUCCAAAUAAUCCAGGAGAGUUUCGUGCAAUUUUUAAAGAAUUCUGAUUAUCCCUCAUUUGGUGCAUAUACACCUAUUAUCAAAAACUUCUGUCCUUGAAACUGAAUUUCAAUUGCUAUAUAUCUUCCUUGGUCGUCUUUAAAUAUAAAUUUUGGUGACAGGAUUUCCUUCGCAUAAAGUACUACUCCUCUUUUUUUUCACAUUGUCCGAUGAAAUAAAUUCUUCUCCCAAUCUUUUAUUUAUCAAAAUUUUCCGAUGUAGCCUUGUCACAUGCGUCUCUUGUAAACAGAUCAAGUCCAAAUGUUCUUUUUUCAAUGUAUGAAAUACUCUCCCCCUUUUUGCCGGCCAAUUUAGACCAUUAAUGUUCCAGCUUAAAACUUGAAGUGUCAUUUUGUAGUUACUCUCCUUCUCCUCCAACAGCCCCAAGAAGUUUGUCUAUGUCUGUCGGUGGCGUUGGUUUCGCUUUUUUUUGCAGACUCUUAUCCGGUAUCGCAGUGUCUUUUCCCAAUCCUUUCUGUAGAUCACAGUGGAAAGUCCCUGGCUGAAUAUGUUUUCCUGCGGGGCUGCAGACAACACUGCGCUGUUUUUGAAAGGUUCAAGUAUCCCUCAGAAAGAGUGAGGCUUGAAAUGUCCACCUUUAGGCUCACAGUUGGCCACUGCUGGUGGCCAGAGCAAUACCCCCAAGCUCUCUGCUGACCAGCCCCACAGUGAGCUGACCGUGGUCCUGACCUUCUGCAGCCCAGCCUCAACUCUUGCUGAGCCCCCUAACCCAGGGGUCAGCAAACUUUUUGAGCCGUGGGCCGGUCCACUGUCCCUCAGACAUUGUAAGGGGGCCAGACUAUAUUUUUUUGGGGGGGGGGAAAUGAACGAAUUCCUAUGCCCCACAAAUAACCCAGAGAUGCAUUUUGAAUAAAAGCACACAUUCUACUCAUGUAAAAACACGCUGAUUCCUGGACCAUUCGCGGGCCGGAUUUAGAAGGUGAUUGGGCCGGAUCUGGCCCCCGGGCCUUAGUUUGCCUACCCAUGCCCUAACCAAUAAACCCCGCUAGUCCCCAGCCUCAAACAGGAUAUUGUGUGAUAAAGACAGGAGUCGCAUUGAUUAAAAUGUUCCAAAUUGUGAUAUCAGUGAAGGGUUUAAAUAGUUAUUUAAAAAGUAAUGUGACAUUCUUUACAGAUGGUUCUUCACAUGGACAAAACACACAUCUAUUUCCCAAUUUCCUUUUUUGCCUCUAUUUAUUUCUCUUUAUUAAGAUAUUUAGAAACUGCUUUUCUUCAAAGAUACCAAGGCAGUGAUAUAACUUCAAUGCUGAUACAACCAUUGUUUCUGUAAAGUUAUGCCUGCAACACAUCUGGUGUAUGGGAAGAUCAGCAGUUAAGCUCAGAAUGUAAUUUUAGUAUUAUGUAGAGUGGUUUUAAGAUUGCUUAUUUACAUUUAUUUUAACUGUUUGUUUUUUGUAUUUUUAAGGAAUAUUUUCAAUUCUACUUUGUAAACCACUCAGAGGUGUGUGUGUGUGGUUUUUUUAAAUGCAUAAAAUAAUGUUCUCCAUUCCCGUGGUGUCUUCCCGCUGGAUUUCUCCUGCCUUAGAAUUUGUCACCACCAUCUUAUUCCUUUCACUGUCUUAUAAUAUAUGUUCCCUACAGACAUCUGUUCUUUGCAAAGCUGCUGUCCAUGCUGGCGUAAUCUUAGAUGAGCAAGGGGGACAUGUCACUGUGUCUCGAGAGAAGGGUAUCACUCUCUACGAGUCAACCUUUGCCAAUGGACUUUACUCAAAAAGGUGAGGGGACAAAUCAGAGCGGAUGUUCAUUAAAUAUCCAACAUUGUCUAAUCUCCCUGCAAACAAAUAAGGGUGAAUGCUCAAUAAAGAGGUCGUCUGGAAGCAACCUGAGUCUCAAGAUCCUUAAUCUUAUCCAUCUUUCUGUUUCCUUUUGAAUAGGGGAUCUUUAUCUGAAAAACGCCUCAUCUUUCACAAAGGUAUGUCACUCGUACUAAUUUGUUGGUGUAUUUGUUUAGAGGGAUUUCUGUUCCCGCUAUGAGGCUGAUGAAUCUUCAGCCUUAAAAACAACCACAAAUUGCUGCAAAAAUGUGGAGAGUCCAAUUUAAGAUUGGAUUUAAGACCAAGACACUUAAGAGAAACAACACUGAGAGAUACGUCCAGCUCUGCCUCUGUAGUUAAUUGGUCCCGUUGCUGAACUUCUGUUACUGGAAACAUGUUUUUUCCUAGCGUUCAGCCAAAAGCCACCCUUUCCUUCCUUCCGCAGCCUGCUCCAGUUUCCUGGAAGUAUCUGGCUUCAACGCUUCAUCCUACUGGCAUGAACAGAACGUCAUGGGGGAGAACAAGGCCUGGAUAGCAGAGCACGCCUCUUUCGGUGCCGACGGCACUUCCUGGGCAGCACUUCAGAGCUCUGCAGAUGAGUGGUUGGAAAUAGACUUGGGUGGAAAGAGGAACAUCACAGGUCAGUAAGUAUCUGCAUCUUUUUGUUUGUUUGUUUUCACAGGCGGAGUGGAGGGAGAGACAUAAUGACUCUUGUCCAAUAUGCUCUGACUGGCAGAAGCUUUCCAGAGUCCUAAGCAGAUAUCCUUCCCAUCACUGGUGGGAUGGGAACUGGUCCAUUAGGGGAACUGGUCCAUUAGGGGGAAAGGGGUGUUGCCCUCCCAACUUCAGUCUGCCUUCUUACUUAUUGCAUCCAGUCCAAGGGGUGGCCCUGGCUGUCAGCAGUGGGGAGCCAUGACUGUUUAAAGUGGUACGAUCCUGCUUUAAAUGCACAGUGCAGAUGAGGCCUUCCUCUUGCCUUCUUCUGCUUCCUUUCCUCCAUUCUUUCCUCCACUGCCCCUCGUUACCUCAGGGGUAUGGCCCAGGCCACCAUUGCACAGAACAAAUUUCAUAUUAUGUCCUUUCAGAGUCAUUCUUUAUUGUUUGGCAAGGCCUGAGGACAAGCUGGGCCCUUUCUGCUGUGGCAAACCCAGAACGUUAGCCUGUUAAUUGGCGUGAGGAAGAAGAGAGGCAUUGUGACGCUGAGUGGCUGGGGGCUGAGUGGAAUGCAGGAAGGGAACACAUGAAUGGAAAGGGGGCUUAUCUGAUUGCCUCUCCGGCUGGUGUUUGGCAGAGCAAGGGGACAGGGUUAAAAAUACAAGCUGAUUGGUCUCAAAAAGCUUCAAGAAUCAGGUCCCAGUGGUCCACAAAGGAGGAACUCAGUGGCUGUUGUUGUUCUAUAUUGCAAGUCUCUCACAAUAUCAGAACUUGGGGCCAUCCGAUAAAGCUGAAUGUGAGAGGAUUCAGGAAAGGCAUAGUUUAAACUAUGGAGCAAACAUAGGCCCCGUCUGUACCACACUUUUAAAGCAGGAUCAUACCACUUUAAACAGGUAUCGCUUCCCCUGUAGAAUCCUGGGAAGUGUGUUUAUUUUAUUUCACCCUAAGAUCUCAGGGCGAUUCACAAGAAGUGUAGUUUUUUUAAGGGAGCUGGGAGAUGUGAGGAGGUUUCUUUUCCCCUCACAGAGCUGCAGUUCUCAGUGUUUUGAACAACCACUCCCUCUUACCAGGGAACUCUGGAAAUUGCAGCUCCACGGCUGACACAACGGUGGAAAGACAGGACCCUAUUUCACACAUUAGCACCAUUGUUGUAUGUGAGGUACCAGUUUAACCCAUCUCUGUUCCAGGAAUCAUAACUAAGGGAUCAUCUCACAAGCAUGACUACUACGUCAAGUCCUACCAAGUCCUCUCCAGCAGGGAUGGAAAGAACUGGAAGGCCUACAAAUCCAACGGUGGUCAUGAGGAGAAGGUGCGGAGGGAUUAGCAUUGGUGAAUGAUUUAGGCCAGGAUGGAAAACGGGUAGCAAAAGCUCGCUUUGGAAAGGUCCCCGCAGUUGACCCUCCAUUUCACCCUCUGUAACCCAUCCCAGGUCUUCGAAGGAAAUAAAAACAGCCACGAAGAAGUCUCCAACGCCUUCAUCCCCCCGAUCCUGGCCCGCUACCUGCGCAUCGUGCCCCACAGCUGGAACCAGAGGGUGGCUCUGAAAGUGGCGCUUCUGGGGUGCCAAGUGGCUCGCCUGAAGUCCCAGCACCCCUAUAGCGACGGCGGAAGUAAGGAGGGGUGGGGCCGGCUGUAUGUUUGGUUCUUGGAAAGAUGAUUUAUUUAUUUGUGGCUUUUAAUGGGGUUUGUAAUAUUUUAUACAUUGUAUAAGGCCGUCACAAGUCAAGGCCAACCAGGCAGCCCCCGGUGGUGGUGGCACUGCCAAGGCCUGGAGGUGAGGCCAGAGCUACUGGCAGGAAGAGGCAGAGCCAAUGACAGCCAGAGCCUGCUAGUUCAAGGUCUGCCCCUGGUGAGGCCUAGAAAGGCAAUGCAGAGACUGAAAAGGAGGAAUGUGACAAGUCUGUGCCACCCUCUGAACUUGUUCUAGUAUAUGGUUCCAGAUUUUUUUCAAUGAAGCCUGGCUCCAGGCUGCUGAGACUGCCACUGCCACGUUUCCCGGGGACAUAUUAUUAUUAUUAUUAUUAUUAUUAUUAUUAUUAUUAUUAUUUAUACCCCGCCCUCCCCAGACAAGGCCAGGCUCAAGACGGCUAACAAGCCAUAAUAAAAACAAGUUGAAAGAAUACAACUUAAAAACAAGAUUAAAAUACAACAUUAAAAUAUUGAAACAUUAAAAUGCAGCCUCAUCACAGGAGGAGAAAGGAAAAAGAAAGAGGGGGAGGGAAUCAAAUUGGCUCCAAGCCAAAGGCCAAGCUGAACAACUCUGUCUUACAGGCUCUGCGAAAAGAAAUCAGAUCCUGCAGGGCCCUGGUCUCAUGAGGCAGAGCAUUCCACCAGGACGGAGUCAGUGUUGAGAAGGCCCUGGCUCUGGUUGAAGCUAAUCUAACUUCCUUAGGGCCCGGGACCACUAGGGUGUUGCUAUUUAUGGACCUUAAGGUCCUCCGUGGGUCUACUGGGAGGGGCGGUCCUGUAGGUACGAGGGUCCUAGGAAAUCUGAGGACAGAAUUUGUCCAGGGACAGAUUUGCAAAUCUGGGGGCUGUCCCCGGGAAACGGGGACGUCUGGUAGCCCUAUUCUAAAAGGUAGACAGCAGGGGCAGGCUGAGGUUUGCCCAUAUUGUUGAGCAUCCUUUGAGCAGCUGCUGGGAAAAACUCUUCUCUGCCUAAGACCUUGGAGAGCUUGACAAUACUAGGCCAGAUGGAGAAAUGCCUUGACAUGAGAAAAGCAACCUGCCCCCUAUAAUCCAUGUUGCAGCCGGAGGUUGACAGUGGGCUGUGUUUGGACCCUUUUGGAGUAAGAGUUUGGAGACAGUACCUGAAGUGUGGUGCGUUAAGUACGUUCCCUGAAGCUCUACCCCUUUGCAGUUCGCAGUGGCCCCAAGGAGUCCCCUCUCCUGACCAGCAGCCCAGCCGUUUUCACCCGAAUCCCAGGAAUAGUGAUCAAUUCGGAAAAAACAGGUAAGUGCUCACUGGCGGCAAGGAGUGGCUUGGCCUAGCUGUCGGAGCAGAGGCAGAAAUGAUGGGUUAUAGCUGAAGGGCUAUUCCAUGGAUGGUGUAGCAAGCUUGUUUUCUGCUGCUCCGGAGGUUAGGACCCAAACCAGUGAAUUCAAAUUGCAGGAAAGGAGAUUCCGACUAAACAUUCGAAAGAAUUAUUCUGAAGGUAAGAGCUGUUCAACACUGGAACGGUCUCCCUCAGAAGGUGGUGGACGCUUUCAUUUGAGAUUUUAAAGCAGAAUUUGGAUGGCCAUCUGUCAGAGAUGCUUUAGCUGAGAUUCCUGCAUUGCAGGGGGUUGAACUAGAUGACCCUCGGGUCCCUUUCGAUUCCAUGCGUCUAAGGGCUUUUUUUUUCUGUGCUGAAUCUCAGCAUAUUUGGGUGACCCCACAUUCUGGUAUUAUGAUAGAGGGAGAAAGCCUUCUCUGUGUCUCCACUUUCUUCACACCUUGCCUGAUUUUGUACACUUCCUUCACAUUGCCAAUUUCUCCCCUUUUUUCUGCACUGAACUACAGUGGUACCUCUGGAUGCGAACGGGAUCCAUUCCAGAGCCCCGUUCACAUCCUGAAGAGAAUGGAACGCACGUCUGUGUGGGUCGCAAUUCGCCGCUUCUGUCCAUGCGCGUGAUGUCAUUUUGAGCAUCUGCGCAUGCGUGAGCGGCGAAACCUGGAAGUAAUGCGUUCCAUUACUUCCGGGUCGCCACGGAGUGCAACCCGAAAAGGCUCAACCUGAAGCAACUUUAACCUGAGGUAUGACUGUAUUUCUCUUCCUUUCUCUCCAGGGCCCCCAUUGCUGGUGAUGCUGCUGAUUGGAGGCUUUGUGCUCAUCUCCUCGGCCCUCUUGCUGCUGGUUUUCCUCUGUCGUAAGAAGAGGUGAGUAGCGGCCUCCCCUCCCACUUCUCACCGAUCAGCCCUGUAAUUUGUGGGGACUCCUUUCAAUCCCAUCCUGGAAGGGCGGGAGAUGUCACAGUCACAAGGUCCAUGAGCUAUAGCUUUCCUGCAAUCUCCCCUUGACAAUGGGCUGCAUACACACCAUACUUUCAAGGCACGUGGCUUUAAUAAACAUACACAAGGAAGCCUGCAAACUGUAAUCGCUUAGAUUACUGCAAUGCACUCUAUGUGGGGCUACCUUUGAAGGUGACCCAGAAACUACAACUAAUCCAGAAUGCGGCAGCUAGACUGGUGACUGGGAGCGGCCACCAAGACCACAUAACACCGGUCUUGAAAGAUCUACAUUGGCUCCCAGUACGUUUCCGAGCACAAUUCAAAGUGUUGGUGCUGACCUUUAAAGCCCUAAAUGGCCUCCGUCCAGUAUACCUGAAGGAGCGUCUCCACCCCCAUCAUUCUGCCCGGACACUGAGAUCCAGCACCAAGGGCCUUCUGGCGGUUCCCUCACUGCUAGAAGCCAAGUUACAGGGAACCAGGCAGAGGGCCUUCUCAGUAGUGGCACCCGCCCUGUGGAACGCCCUCCCACCAGAUGUCAAAGAGAAAAACAACUACCAGACUUUUAGAAGACAUUUGAAGGCAACCCUGUUUAGGGAAGCUUUUAAUGUUUAACAGACCACUGUAUUUUAAUAUUUUUUGGGAAGCUGCCCAGAGUGGCUGGGGAAGCCCAGCCAGAUGGGUGGGGUAUAAAUAAAAACAAUAUUAUUAUUAUUAUUAUUAUUAUUAUUAUUAUUAUUAUCAUCAUCAACAUCAUCAUUAAUUAAGGGUGCUGUGGAUUGUGGCUCUGUGAGAGAUAAACUACGGCUCUCAGGAUUCCUUGGGGAAAAGCUGUUUGCUUCAACGGUACGAUACGCAUACAGCCACAAACACAAGCUGAGCACAUGCGUACAAGAAGUCUUCCCAUCCAGUCUGCAAAUAGAUUGUGCCUUCUAAGAUUAUGUUGCACUAGGGAUAGGCGGCUGUUUCCCUCUCACUUCACACAAAUUGACUCCCUCCAGAAACCUCCUGCUGCACUACAAUUCCCAUCAUCCCUAAGCACUGGCCAUGCUGACGGGAGAGAUCUCUAGGUUUGAGAGGUCUGUAGCAGCCUUGAGAGGGCCAUUAGGCUCAGUCUGAAUCCUGAGAAGACAGAGGCUUUGUGAAUGUGUGGUUCUUGGCUCCAGUUGCCUGCCCUGAAUUGGGUAGCACUACCUCCGAAGGAGCAGGUACAUGAAUUGGGAGUGUUCCUGGAAAUCCAGAACCUUGGGGGCGGGGUGGAAAAUCUGGCUGAACCUGCUUGAUAAGUUUUCUCCCUCUCUCUACCCAGCAGAAAGACACCAGCAGAUCAGGACUGCAACCUCAUAAAAGGUAAAGCGCCUAACAAUACACAGAACUAGCACAAGUAGUCACGUUUGGGAACUGGUGAGCAGGUCGCCCUGCUUUUCCAGUACAAGUGUGUAUGGUGCAGGGAGACAGAUUAUUGUGUGUUUCUGCACACCUGUUUUGAAAUAGCUCUCCCCCCCCCAUUUUUUAGAGGUGACCCACAAAUCAUUCUAAUAUCUUAGUCACGGCACCUUGCGUCUAGAAUGCCCUCCCCAGAGAAACCUGCCCAACACUCACUAAUUUGUAUUUUUGCUCCAGGUGAAUACAAGGCAUUCCAGCUCUUUGAACUGCUGAUUUUCAUAGCUAUUAUGCUCCCGCCUGGUCUGCUGGGUGGAUGAGGACGUUUUCCAUCUUUUAAAUUGUUUUGUUGGGUUUUGGGGGAGAACGAGAGGUUUUACUUUUCCACUGUGUAUUUUCACUCAAGGAGUGAAAUGCUAAAGGCUGGCUUGUACGUGCAUUUCCUCAACCAGAGUUAGCCAAAAUGGUGCCCUACAGUUGUUGCUGGGCUACAACUCCCAUCAUCCCUGACCAUAGGACAUGUGGGUUGGCAUCAGUGGGAGUUGGAGUCCAGUGACAUCUACAGGGCCUGUAUGUUGCCUACCCCCAUUCAGACAAAUAACAGCCUCCCAUCAGCUUCUGUUCGCUAACUUCCAAAACUGAAUGUCAUUUCCUUUUGCGGCCUGCUCAUUAUUAUUAAAAAUUGCUUCAAUUGUAUCUGGAAAGGAACAUUCCUUUAUUUCUUAUCACAGAGCAGGGAGGGACCUUAGAGAUUUUCUAGUCCAGGCAUGGCCAAACUUGGCCCUCCAGCUCUUUUGGGACUAUAAUUCCCAUCAUCCCUGACCACUGGUCCUGUUAGCUAGGGAUGAUGGGAGUUGUAGUCCCAAAAGAUCUGGAGGGCCAAGUUAGGCCAUGCCUGCUCUAGUCCAAGCCCCAAUGCAGGAUCUGUGUGUUUCUGGUGGUGGUGAGCUGUCUGCCCAUUUAGUUCUUUCUCUAAAAUGAAAAAAUGGACUGUUUGAUUGCAGCAUACAAAGUGGCUUCAAGCUGCUCGUUUGUUACUCCUGCUGACUUCAAGAUUCCCUUUUAGGUUUCCCGACAUCAGAAGCCAGCCAGGUGUGUCCCAGAGGGAGCCUGCAGUUGUCCACCUCGGAAAUCGCCUCAUUUCCUAGGUCUGGAACACCAGUAGAUCUCAGCAGAGCUCAGUCUCCAGGUAGGUGGCGUCUGUUCUGGGUUUGAGAAAGGUCCACUGUUGCCCAUAGCAAGGGCUGGGGAACCGUUUUAUGCCCAAGGGCCACAUUCCUUUCUGCAUAGCCUUCCAGGGGCCACGUGCCAGCACUACUCAACCUGCAUAUCUGUAAAUCCUUAUGAAAUGCCGUAAGCUUCCACAGACCCAGGUAAGUACUACCCACCCAGGAAUCACUUCCUGGUAGGAGAAGUAGGGAGAGCAUAACAAUGUUUACGAGCAAACCAUCCCGAAUACAGACACCUGUUUUUCUUCCCCUGCCCUUCAUUCCCCCCUAAAACACUGGGGAUGCGGGGAGGGAAAAUAAUGCCUUUUCUGAAUGGCCGUCUUGUUCCUUUGUGGUGGAGAAAACACAGGGUUAAUUCUAAGGAACCGGGUUGGGGUGCCCAUAAAUUAGUUUCGAGCCAAUGCAGCUCAUUGUGCAGAAACAACUCCGGCAAAUUUGGACAGCUCUUAUUACCAGCUCGUGCUCAGCAUAUUCGCUCCAUUCACCCCAUACAGAUGGGACCAAACACUCAGCCCAUUGACUCCCGAUUUCCAUCCAUGAUGCUUAGCACGCAUAAGGGGGCGGGUGGGGAGAAGAGAACUGGGCAUGAGGCCAUCAGCAAACAUCUGCAUUCUGGAGCAGCUGGUGGCAGUGCCAUUCGUGCAAAGGGGUCAGGCCCACAGGAAGGAAGGAAGCAGGGAGGCGGGAGGAAUUUGGGGGAAUCUCCACUUUGCUCCCUGCCAUGGCCCAGCCCUUUGUCCCUGCUAUACAAAGUCACUUGGAACAAGUCCUGUUGCUGCACAUUUCUCUGGGGCGAGUGCAGGAUGUCAGCAGUGCUUGCAGGAGUAGGACCAACGAAAUAUGUCCUGGUUGAAUCCAUGUUUGGGGGUGGGGGGGAUGAUACAGAUGCAAACUAGGAUGAAGAUCUCCAUUUUGGCAGCUUGUUGACACAGGAAGGUCUUCAGCAGGUGGGAAAAGACAACAGAGGUGGGACCUGUCUAAUAUUCAAAGGGAGGGGAGAGCAUUCCAAUGGGCUGGUGCCACAACACUAAAGGCCCAAUUCCUAUGGUAGCUUCAUGAGGCCCUCAGCUGCAGAGCACAGUGAUCGACUGGGACUAUAAGGGGUGAGACAAUCCUUUAGGUUCUGAGCCGCAUAGGGCUUUGUGCACCAAUACAAGAAUGCAGACAAGAGACAUCCUGAGAUGGUAUUACGUCAAACACAAAUAAGGUUUCUAGUGUGGAAGUAUUGUGGAAUACUCUGCCAAUGGAAGUUCAGCAAGCAUUUUCCAAUUCAACUUUUAAAUAUGCCUGUUGAAAAACUCUUUUAUUCCAUCAGGGUGAUACAGGCAGUUCAAAAUACAUCUUUCCACAACAGUGACAUGAUUUUUUUAAAAUAAAAAAAUCAACUUCUUUAAUAUGGCUUUGAUUGCAUGGCUUUUAUGUGCAAUUGUGGUGAUCCACUCUGAUAUGUAAAAUAAAUUAGUGGCAUACAAUUAUUUGUAAAUGAAUGAAUGAAUACAGUGGUACCUUGGUUCUCGAACUUAACCUGUUCCGGGAGUCCAUUCAACUCCCAAAACCGUUCAGAAACCAAGGCGUGGCUUCCGAUUGGCUGCAGGAGCUUCCUGAACUCAAGCGGAAGCCACGUCAGACGUUCGGCUUCCGAGAAACGUUCGCAAACUGGAACACUUCCUUCUGGGUCUGCGGCGUUUGGUAGCCUAUUUGUUUGAGAGCCAAGCUGUUCAAGAACCAAGCUAUUACUUGUAUGUACGUACAUACAUACAUAGGCUGAUUUUAGGUGAUGUGUCUCAGAGGGCUAAAUCCAUAAUUUCACCGGGAUUUCUGUUUUCCCCCUUUACAGAAUACGCCGAGCCAGAUGUGGUCCAAGUCAGCCCCAGUACCCAGUCCAUCCCGUCCACAUUCAAGCCGGCUCUGGACGAAGGCUACACGCUCCCCCUGGUGGUGAAUCACUACGAUGUUCCGGGAAAACACCACGAGUACGCAGAGCCCUUGCCUCCCGAGCCAGAGUAUGCCACCCCCUUCUUAGAUCAGUCUCCUCCUGCGGAGCCGGAAGGAAGCGCAUUCAGGAAGAACGUCUGCGUCAUCAAAAUCAUCUCCUCUCCCCAAAGCCAGGCAGGACCCCUGGUCUCGCCGGUCUGCCCAGAGGCCCUGGCGCAAUACGACUCGCCUGCUCAACGGCCGGCAGAGAAGCCAGAGGGCAAAGCGGGCGAGGCUGGCUUGCGGGAGGGACCUGCCCAAACCGGCACCAUCUACAUGGAGCCUCACGGCGACCGGACUCCGAGCCCGAGAGACGAAUGCCCUCCGACGCAGCCAGCUACCUCUCCGCAGAGCUUCCAGCUCACGGACUCUCCGCUCACACACGUCUAUCACGAGCCCUUGUGAGCAGCGCAGAAAGGAUCUUCUGGUGCCCAGGCUGCUAGGAAAGAGGUGGAUUUUUGCAGAGCAUCUUCAGGUCAAGGGCGUAGGAAAGCCUUAAUCAGGCUCUCUGUCCAUCUAGCCCAAUAUUGUCUACACUGACCGGCAGCAGCUCUGAAGCAGAGAUCUUUCCUAAUGCUUGCCACCUGAUCCUUUUUUUAAAAAUUGACUGACAUUCUGGGACCUUCUACGUGCAAAGGGCUUGCUUCACCCCUGAAAUGUGGUCCUUCUUGUAGGAAAAACAUAGCACUCUUCCUCCCACCAGCAAAGGAAAAUUAAUUCGUUUUUUUCCAUGCUCAACUCCUAUGGAGCCUGGGCAGGCUUUCAAUUCCAGGGGGCUUGACUGGGGUUCCCUCUUACUUUAAUUUAGCAAAUGCCUCUGGCUUAUCUUCAUUAGGACUUGAAGGAACCAGUCAGGUAUUUGGGCAGAGGGUUGGAAAAUUGCAUUCAUACGGUAACAUUUAUUCUCACUGCUCUGCUGUUGCAAUUACUUUUUUGUGAAUAACAGAUAUAUAAUAUAUAUACAUGUUGUGACAUGAGGUUCCUAGGAGGAAGAACAGAGCCACCGUAGCUCCCUGAUCCUCCAUCACAUUCCCUUAUUAAAAACUUGAAGGCAUUUCGUAAACCAAAUCAAAAUCCUUUGCUCUCUUCCUCUUCCCAACAGCAGUCACCACAAAUCUGCCAGAUGUUUUGUUUUACUUGCUUUAACUAUUCAUUUGCUGCUCACUGAUAUAUCCUUCCCCACUUCAUGGAGAGUCAAAAACAUUAAUACAUCAAGAAAAUGUUUGCUGGCUAUCAGUGGUGACUAAUUCCAUGAGCUGGGAGGCAGUUGUCA